AUGGAUUCUAAACUGAGAGAAACGGAAAAUCUUGCAGAAGAUGGUUCAGGUAAGAAAUCAGAAAAUGCAAGGAAUUGGUUUUGCUCAAUGAAUUGUAUGUUUAUUAGUUUAAAAGUUGACAUAUUCCCCUAUUUCCCUUGCUAACCCUAUAAAAUGCUUCAAGUAUCUUAUUCCUACCUUCGACAGCAGGGGCUGGGAAGGAUGUGGACUAAGAUUUGUAUACCGACUGUGGAAUGAGAACUCCCUCCUCACCCACACUCAACUGACUACUGACCGUAAUUUAUCGAACUCCAUGACUCUCCCGUACCUACAACCUAAAUCUUACCUAGGGACGAGACAGGCUAGAUCAAUCACAGUUGUCCUUGGACUGGGUUAUUCCUUUAUAGAGCAAAUGUGUGCUAACAAAAUUCCUCAACAUAGGACAAUAUCAGUCUGCUAUGAUACAGUGACACCUCUACCAUCACACACGACACAAUGGGAAAAAGACUUAGGUUGCACAUUCACUCCAGAGCAAUGGUGGAAAUCUUCCCGAUUACGAAAGGGCCUAUGAUACUGUACCUCUCAUAUAGAACUCAUCAAGAAAACAGCAAGCCACUGGUACUUAGUCCCAGUUAGCUUGGCACAUAUAGAUAAGUCUAGAUCAAACAGGUGCUGGAGAUGCCAUUUAGGGAGGGGAAUAAUGCUCCACAUAUGGUGGGAAUGAUCCAGCCCUUUUGGCAGAUGCUAAGGGAACACAGAAACAAAGCUACUGACCAUUCUCUCCAGCUCAAAGCCAAAAUGUGCUUGCUUUUUAUUCUACUGGCCAAAACUCCCAAACACCACAGCCAUAUCAUAUUCAAUCCAUUGGUAGCAGCUAAUCUGGCUCUAGCCAGAGCUUGGAACUCUAGGGAGGCCCCCAGUAAGGGAAAAAUAAUAGCGCAGGUAUCUACAAAAGAAAUGUAUAAGAGGAUAACAAUUGCGAACUUAGAUCGUAAAGGCAAACUAAUGAAAGCAUGGGAAGGCUGGGACCCUUGAAAAUCCAGACUGCUCUGAUGAGCCACAAUGGACCUGUCCUAUUAUUACCCUACACCCAUAUUUGAUCGUUAUAGGGCAGAUGGGAGCAUGAGGGGAAGGAGAGUUGAAAUCAAAGGGAAGACAAAAAAAUAUCCACAAAAACUGAGCUAUGUAUAUGUUUAUGUGCAAGACUUUUGCCAAAAUCUACUCAUGCACGUGGCCCAUCACAAAGCGAUUACCUUAUAAUCUAUGCCAGAACACAUGCACUUUGGAGUUCACCCCACCCUACUUCAAGGCCACAAGAUCACUCCUGCAUUAAGACUCAUAUCCCCUCAAAUAGCAGCACCCCUCCUUUGUUCUUUCCCUUUCUUUCUAUCUCAGCUAGUUUUACAAACUCUUUUAUUUCCUCACCACUUCUUCUCUCAAGGUUUUUCAUGUUUAACUUAUGUGAAAUGCCAUAAAUGUGAUAUGCCAACAAAAAUCUAAAACUGAUCUAACCCGAAAGAACAUCUUCAGUGACUGCUGCGAUGGGCAGAUGAUAACAAGAUUUUUUAACUGGGACACCGUUUUCUUUUCACUUUAAUGCUGUGUUUACUACUGUGUGUAUUCCAGUUGGUACCACCAAUAAAAGACUUAAAAUAAAAAUUAAAAAUAAAUAAAGUUGAUAUAUUCAUGAAAUAUUGAAUUAUUUAUUGUUUUAUCCACUUUGGUAAAAAGAAAUGACUCUUGUUGUUAUGCUUUGAAACUAUUGUCACUAUCUCAAAUUAGCCAAACUAUAUCUUCAGGUUAUGAUUUGCAAUGUCUGUUCGUUUGGAUUGUCACAAGAUUUCAGAAUGUCUACAGAGGGUUAAUAGUAACCUGCAUAACACAGCCACAACCACUGAGUAUGUGACAUGAAUUUGCAUUGUGAUUGCUCAUUUGUACUGAUCCCAUAAAUUUGUUCAUAGUCAUAACAACUUUUCAGUGCACAUUAUAUUUUGUUGUUAAAUACAGCAGAAGCAGGUCUAUUUACUAAGAUCUACAUAGCCCAUAUGGGGCCAUUCGGACUGCAAAAUCAAUGCAGUGCAGUGAGCCACUUUCUGAGAGCGCUUUUGAAAACUGAACUGAUGCUUGCAAUGUGGAUAGGAGUAUAUAUGUUAUUUCUGUAACUUCAGCCACUAAACUCCACUAGUAUUUUCGAAUACUGCCUAUAAGCUUAAUUUGGAAAUAUUCUUAAUCCAGUUAGACUCCAACGCAGUAAUAUGUUUCUUUGAAUCAAAGCUACAUUUCAGUAAUUUCAUUCAACCUUGAAAAUCUAAUUCUUUUCUAGGAAAAUUAACAAUUUUCUUUUGAAGGUAGCAUCAUUCUGACCCUACAAGAACAACGUACCACAAUAUUUCCAGUCAAUUCCAUAUCUCAACAGUUAUUGCUUCAACAUCCUUACUUUCCCCUUCCUACCCCUUUGUUUAAGUUCAAUGUGAUAAAAAAGUUUUUAAAAAACAUGUAAAAGAUUAUAUUGAUUUAACAAAAUGGUUGGGAUACCAUACACACAAAUUUUAUGAAUCUCACUCCCCAAACAUUGAGAUAAGCAGUUGGGCAGAGAAACAAGAAAUACCAUACAUCUAUUUAUAUCCCAUUGCUAAUUCAAGGAUAAGGCGAAUUAUGAGACUUGAUAACAUAAUAAAAAAAAAUAACAAAAAAACACCCCAUGUGGCCACUUGUGGAUAUGUUUUCUUGUUUAUUUUUUUCCAUGUGAUUUGCCUAGCAUUAUAGGAUCACUAAAAUGCUUGGGAUCCAGCAAUUGUGUCAUUGUUUAUCGAUUCCUUCUACUUUUUUAUAAAUUGCCAUUUUGGCAUGACAACCCCAUUUAGUUAAGAUAUGUUUACUAAAUACAUUACUUUUUAUUAGUAAGCACACUGCAGUUUCAAAAAUGAUAUUGAGGGCUGAUUGGAUUAGAGCAUGCACAGCCUCCAGAAAGCCUUUUCUAUAAUUAAUGUCAACACUGCCUAUUUUUACAUCUGCUCCCACCAAUUUACUUUUAUUAUUUGAUUAGUUAAAUUAAAAAGAAUAAAUCUGGAUGCAAAAUUUCAUUAAACAAAUUUAACAAAAAAAGAAGAAUGAUAUAUGAAGAAUAGGACGUUAUCUUCCCCUCUUGCAUUUUUAAUCUUUAGCAGUGAAAUAAAAUAAACAGUGUACAUGUUUUGGCUAAGGUCAAUAAUAGAUAUAUCCCUUAUGGGCUAUUAUAUUGGACAUGUAUAGCUGAACAUUAUUAGAAUAUGGUGUAUUUAGAACUUAGUUCUUCUUAGUCUUUCUGAUGUGUCUAAGCAGAUCUACAUAUCACAAUGUUUACAGGUAGUUGUUUUCAAGUAUCAAUUAAUAGUCAUGUUAAAUGCAGGGUGAGAUUAUUUUUUUUACAAUCUUUAUUUUAAGUUUAGUAAAAAAAUCCAGCGUCAUUAAAAUAAAAAAAAAUACAAAAAAGCGCAACAUUUGUUCAAUAUGAAACCUGAAAAGGGUGUUACAGACCUAAUAAAAGUCACAGGAAGAUUACAAAAUAAUAUUGAAACAUUUGAGCAGUAUCAAGAAGAGAAGCCUUCGACUGGAUCAGAUUAAUAUAGGACCUGGCAGCUUCUGCACCUUUCCUCCCAAUUUUGUUUAUGAUACAAAAUGCGUUCUAUAUACAAAAUUCCAAAGCCUAUCAUAAUCUUCAGCUUAGGGAUCUUGAAGCACUUAAAGGGACACUCCAAGAACCAACAUAACUUUUUGUUAUUAGUAGCUUUUGGUCUUAGUUAGCUGUAUGUUUUUGCAUGCCUUUAAUAAGCAUUAAAUUGCUCAAAAAUGGCUUAGUAUUAUUUGGAUGGACAGUGCCAGUGGACUCCAUAAUGCACUAUAAGAAUUUCAAUUUGAUGAAAUGGUCAUAGUGCCUAUAGUGUUCCUUUAAUGCAUUUGAUUGUUUUGGCCUCAUUAAUAUGCUGUUAUUUUUGCAUACAAAAUUAUAAAGAUUUGAGCCUGCAAAAAAUUACAACAUAUCAAUAAUAAUAAAGUUUUAUUGGAGCUUGGAGAGUCCCUUGGCGGACAACUCUAUACGUUUUUUCAGUGAUAAAAGCAAAUUUAAAAACACGAUGCAGCAUGCCAUAUGAUAUAAAGGGUGUAUCCCUGUAAGUGCAUGGUGCUUUACACUGACAGCUGAUUAGACGGCAGGAACAAUCAGUCACAGCUGCAGGUACCGUUAGCACAAGUAAGUUGCUUACCCUUUGGUAUACAGUCAAAUAAUCUACAAAUAUACCCCAUGUUAUUGCAAGUUUAAACAGCUGAAAAAUGCAAAUUCAGGCAGGUUGUUAUAAGUUAUGCAAAUUUUAUAUAUUUGUUGACCCUUUGUUAAAUUAACAAUUACAGCAAUAGAAACCAUAAUUGUCAAAGAAAACAAAAAAAAUGGUUUAAUAUUUUUGGGAAAGCUUUUCUUAUGAUUUCAUAUUUUUGGAUAGACUUUUUAAAUGAUUUCAUAUUUUGAAAAAUAUUUUUAUAUGCUUUCAUAUAUUGGUAUAUUUUUUACAUAUGAUAUUUUUUUGAUAUUUUAAUAUUUAAAAAAAAAUCCUUCUAAAAGCAUAUUAAAUAAUUUUGAAAAGCUUGUGAAAAAUAUUAAAUUGAGGCCUAUGUUUGAAAAGCCAGUAGCUAUUUCUUAAAACAACACAUUAUAGAUCAUAUGUAGGGUCAGAAUGAUUUGCCUUAAUUGUUUAUUUCUUUUUAUUUAGCAAAAAAGAAAUUCAAUUUUAAAUCAUUCAAAAAGUUCUUUGGCAAAAAGAAAAGGAAAGAAGUACUGCCGGAUAUGGGAAGCAGCGGUCUGAAACAGAGUCAGUCUGCCAGUGAUGUCACCAUGCCAAUUUCCACUGAUUUGGAUUAUGAUUCUGAGGAUGAAAUUGAGUAAGAUAUAUUAAUGUAGUUUAGAUAUAGAACUAUAGUAAUGUGGUACUACUGGUUGCAGUGCAUUGUGGCACUGCCUUCUUUUUUUUCAACACCUGGUGCUUCUGUGCUUCUACCACUAGAAGUCCUCAUCAGUGCAUGCGCGAGAGUACAGCACUGAUGUCUAUGGUAGAUCCAGAGAGACAGUUAUUGUCUCAGGAUCAGCCAUCACUAGUGAUGGCUGGAGGAAUUAACAAAAUGUGAUGGUGGUAGCUCCUCCUUAGCUCCCGUUUUGCUCAUGUUUAAGACAAAUUAUUCCAUAGUUUCAGUGAAAUUCAAACACAGAGCUAUCUUAAUCUGUUGUUCUGAACUUUCAUGUUGUAGGUCAUUCUAAGAGAAGAAUGCUACCCAUUGCUGACUUAUGUCAGUGUUUGUUAAGUAUUUCCCUACAAAAUUGUAUUUAUCUAUUUACCCAUCACUACCUAUAUAUUUAUAUGGUGAUACUACGCUUAAUAAAAUGAAACAAGUAUACUGAAGUAUUCAAACUAAAUAUUUUGGUAGUAUUUUUUUUAUUAGACACACACUAUUGUUUAAAAAUGUUGCCAUUACAUACCUUAAAUAUAUCACUUAAGGGGACACUAAAAAAAUAUUUUUAUUAAAUAUGUUCUUUACUGCGAAGAUUAUUGCUUCUAAUAUAGAAGAAUUGGGGACACAAGGUACAAGCACAGUUAUUAACACUUACUGCCCAUCCGACCGAUGCAUCUCACAGAAAAUGCUUCGGUGUUAUCAUGCUGUGUGUGAUGUUGACAUACAUAAAGCCCAAUUUUGAUUGGAAGUCUUAAGGAGGAAGAGCCACUAGGGAUUAUAUGUCUGACAGUAACUAUAGAUGUGUUUUCAGACAAAUAUAAAAAAUUGCAAUUCUUCUGAAAUGGCAAUGUAUAAAAUUUUUAGAGAAAUGGACCAGCAUUUAUAAACCAAAAGCACUACAUUUUAAUGUCGUUUUUAACUUCCCAAAGUAGUCCCUACUUUCUCUUAUGGUAAUCUUUGGAUUGUAUUGGAAUUUCAGUAAACUUCCAAUGCAGUCAGCAUGAGUACUUCAUAAACAUAAUAUCUUUAUGAAGUAUUGAGAAACAACAGAACCAUUUUAAACAGAAAUUAGAAUUGUGAAGAACUCAAUGUUUGAUGUUUUGCUGCAGCCUCGGUUAUUUUUUGUGCUUCUUUGCGAUAUCGUAUAUCGUAUCUGUGGCGAAAGCGGCCACAGUUUUUUGGAGGGGACUGAUUGCCAGCCUCGUGCCUUGGGACUAUGGCCCCUGGGAGAUUGGGCACUUUAAAAACAGUAUUGGGGCUUAUGGACUUCUAUUGGACUGUGUAUGGCCCUUACUAAACUUUAACCCCAUGGCGAUUUUAUUCUGUUUGUGGGAUCUGAGCGCUGUUCAAAUAUAUUGAGCGCUCAGAUCCAAGCUAUUUGAGCGCUGUUCAAAUAUAUUGAGCGCUCAGAUCCAAGCUAUCAGGGGAUAGGUUGAAUGUGGGGGUUCUGUUCAGUAUAAUAGGAUUUUGUAUUUUUAUGUGUUUUUACUGUUGUUGUGAAUGUUGUGAAUAUUGUGAGAUAUUUCCUGUAUGCUGGAGAUAAUUGGCUUACCACGCCCAAGCCAUGCUUGCAGUCGGUCAAAAAGGGAUUUCUUUUUUUGUUUGUUUGUUUUUUAAAUAAAAAAAAUAUUAAUACUCAGCACACUUUAAUUGCACACAUAUCCAAAAUUCAGCCAAUUCCUUCCAGGGGUUAAAAAGUUAGCUGGAAGUCCUUUACGACCGACCACAAGCACAUUUUCAUGCCCAAAACAGUUCCAUAGAUUUGGGCUGUGCGGUCGGUCUAUUUCACACUGAAAAAAAUGACUAAGUCCCAUCGCCGAACGGGACUUAGUCUCUGCGGCUGCACACUCAGUGGAGGAGAAGGUAAGGGUCAGCAGUGUUCAUUGAAAUGUGCAGCCGAUUUUAGUUCCAUGAAUUUGGCUGCACACACCACUGACCACGUGCGAAUUAAUAAAGAUGGCAACCGCCACGUGUUGUGCGAACGGCGGCCACCCAGCGGUUGGUAAUUUACCUACAGCAGGCUCCCAACCUGGGAGGUAAAUUGACGGCACACUUCCACUUCUGUGUGGUUCGGCUGUGUGGUACUUGGUUCAAUAAGCCCCAUUUACUGAACUAAGUGAGAGAAAGCCAGGAACAAAGUAUUUUAAAGGUCUGGGGACAUAGUCUUAAAGGGGCAUUGUCACACAAAGUCUCAGUAUGUCCCCAGAUGGUUCUUGAAGGGCCAGCACGGUCCAAUACAAGUCUAUAAGCCCAACUACAGUUCUUAAAGGGCCAGAAACAGCACAAUAAAAUACAAUCUGCCCAAAUAUCGUUUUUAAAGGGCCAAAUCUCCCAGGGAUCAUAAUCACAUGGCAAGAGGCUGGCAAGUAGUCCUCUCCAGGCACAAGCGGCGAAGGGCGCUUCGUCACAGUAUUGUAUUAAUUGAAACUUAUUGAAAUGUACUGUAGACUCACUCUGUUUAGAAAAGGGUUUCCUAACAGUAUAUCUAGCUUUUUAACUACAAAUCCUGUGAUGCCUUUAACCCCUUAAGGACCAAACUUCUGGAAUAAAAUGAAAUCAUGACAUGUCACACAUGUCAUGUGUCCUUAAGGGGUUAAACUGUUGGGGAUCUACUUUUUGGCAACCCUUGACUUAGAGUAAUUUUUUAUGUGAUUUGUUUUUUAAUUCUAUUUAUUGUAGGACAUCACAACGAUUCAGCUUUAUCUCUUUCUCUACCAGAAGCACUUUUAAAGCCAUUUGUGUCUCAGUGUAUGUUCUUUUUAAUACAUCUUUUAAUAUGUAAUUUCUGGCAGAUUAUAUCUGGAUAUGCCAGAUGUUGAUUAUAUUGUAGUAGUAAUGGAGCAACUGGUGGUCAUGAAAGGCUCUGAAAAGCGUGAGUACUAAGUAAUCCUCUUUUUCCUUUUUAUUUCAGAGGAAAAAGCCUGUAUAGAUCACCACAAGCGCCUAAAUCAUUAAAUAUAAUGUUAGAUUGUGAUUUCUGAGGGAAAAGGAAAAUCAGUAUACCUUUAUUGUUUAAUGACCUUUUGUUUUUCCAUUGUUGUUUUUAAUCAUCUGAAUUGGGUGAAUGGUGUCAUUUUAGGGCCACUGCUGGAGUGUUGGGAAGCAGAGCGGUGUCCCACGAUAGCAUUUUUAUUCCAGAGAAGGUACAAGAGACAGACAGGCCUGUACGCAUAUUCUCCCAGGAAAAUGUGUCAGAUCACAUUAGAGCCCUGCAGGUACAGUGUUCAAAAGAACAAUGUUUAUAAAAAAUGUCCCCAGAGCUGUUUACAUGGCUAAUGAACACGUUUUGACAUUUUCAGAUUGAAAAGGAAGGCAUAUACCAGCAGGCUUCUGCUUCUUAACCUAAAUAGUUCUAUGUUAUGAAAUAAAAUAAUUAAACCAGAUAGAUGUAAACCAGGAGAAUGGGAUAAAAGCAGUAGUUUAUCAAUCAGUAUGAAUGUCAUAUGUCUGGUAUAGAAAACCUGACGUAUUUAGCCCUAAAAUAGCGCUAAAGAGCUUUGACAGCUGCAUUUUCAUAUGCUUGGAGGCAGGGCCGGACUGGCCCACCAGGAUACUGGGAAAUUUCCCGGGCCGCGGCAUCUGGGGGCUGCGCUGAGCAUGUAUGUGCCACCGGGUGGCCGGUCCGGUGGCACACACUCUGAGGGGACCGGCCGGCCGGCGUGUGCUGGGAAUUGUGGUAACCGUGAGGGAGCAUGGUAGAGAGACUAGAGAGACAUGCUCCUCUCUCCUCCUUUACUCCUCAGCAUUAGUGACAUUGACAGGAGUGCCGCCGAACCGGCGGCUCCAACGUGGAAUGCUGCCGGCCCCCUGACUCCUCUCAGGUAAAUGGGAGGGGGAAGACGGGGAAUAAAGAGACACAAGGGGAGAGGGAAAAUAAAACAGAGGGGGAAUAGACACAGGGAAAAGAGGGAGAAAGAGACAGAGGGGGAAGAGUGAGACCACGGGGAGAGAUAGAGGAGGAAUAGAGAGAUUGUGAAGGGAGGAAAAAGAGACAGAGGGGAAGAGAGAUGUGAGGGAGAGAGGGAGACACAGGGAAACAAUGUAAAGUAGUAAGAAAGAAAGGGGACGAGAGAUGUGGGGGAGAGACAGGGAAAGGGGGGGAGAAAGAGACAGAGGGAGAAAGGAGAGAGACACACAAGGGGAGGGGGAGAAAGAGGCAGAGGGGAAAAGGAGAGAAAGAGACACACAAGGGGAGGGGGAGAAAGAGGCAGAGGGGGAAGAGAGAGAAUGGGAAGGAGAGGGGAGACAUGGACACAGAUUAGCAGUGAGGGGGAGAAAGAAACAUACAGAGUGACUGGACCCACUGCACCCUCACACAUUGCACCACUGCUCCUAUACCCUACUACAGCCCCAUAUCCCAGCAGACCCCAGGUAAGUUGUCAAACUGUUCUUAAACGGUUUGACUACUUACUCUGGGAGGGGGUCCCGGCACUCCUUGCACCAUAAUGACUACACAGAGCAGUAGUGGUUAUUGUGCAUGGAUUAUUUCUUUAAAUAAUCUACAAGUGCCCCUCCCGGGAUCAGGCUCUGGAUCCACCACUGGUAUAUGACAUGUAUAUUAAUGUGUAUUAGUUUUAAAUAUAUAUGCCUAUUAUAUUUACACAUAUAUUAAUGUACAUUUAUAUAUGCAUAAUACAAAGAUAAAUGUCAUUAAUAUGUACCAUAUGUAAUGAGCAGAUAUUGGCCCAGUCUUGUUACUAGAUGCAGACUCCAUCACAAUAACAUAUUUAAAGUGAAGAGCGCACCCACAGGAUUUCAAAAUAAACAAGAUAACGUCAUUUUUUUACAGUUGUGCCCUACAUACUUUCACCAUUUCAGUCCCAUUACCAAGCUUUCCUUAAUAUGUCAAGGUAGUUGGACUGAAACAUUGAUUACAUGCAAAUUUGAAGUGAAAUUCACUUUAGAUUAAUGUUGAAUUCUUGACAUUUUGUACUUUACUGAAUUGAAUAACCCAGUCAGUUUGCAAAAUGCUAUAUAGAUAAUGAAGGUUCAUGUAUGCAUUGUUCUAUCUUCAUUGCUGGCUGAUGCAUAUAUAAGCAUUGUUUAGCCCUAGUUUAACAUUGCAUUUGAUAUCUCCUUCUCUAUUCAUUCAACGGUGCACACGUAUCCCUGCUCUCCCAAAAUGCUUAGUGCAAUGUAAUGUUAGAAAUUGUGAAAUUUCAGGUUAGAUAUUGUAGAAAUGUAUGGAUGCAGUCAAAGAAAAAAAGCAAAGUGCAGCUAAGUAUUUUUCACACUAGAAAAAUUAAACUUUAUCCAUUCAUCCAUUCUUCCUUCCAUCUAUCAAUCUAUCUAAUUAAAUCUAUAUAGAUUUGGACAUACAGUAUCUCACAAAAGUGAGUACACCCCUCACAUUUUUCUAAAUAUUUUAUGAUAUCUUUUCAUGUGACAACACUGAUGAAAUUACUCUCUGCUACAAUGUAAAGUAGUAAGUGUACAGCCUUAUAACAGUGUACAUUUGUUGUCCCCUCAAAAUAACUCAACACACAGCCAUUAAUGUCUAAACCAGUGGCAACAACAGUGAAAUGUCCAAACUGGGCCCAAUUAGCCAUUUUCCCUCCCUGCUGUCAUGUGACUCGUUAAUAUUACAAGGUCUCAGGUGUGAAUGGUCUGAGCACUGACAGGCUGACUCCCCACCCCUUCAACCUCUGCAGCAAUGCUGGCAGCACUCAUACGUCAAUUUCCCAAAGACAACCUCUGUAUAGGACACUGAGCACGUGCACUCCACUUCUUUUGUCAACCAUGGCAAGGCCUGUUCUGUGUGGAACCUGUCCUAUGAAACCGCUGUAUUGUCUUGCCCACUGUGCUGCAGCUCAGUUUCAGGGUUUUGGCAAUCUUCUUAUAACCUAGGCCUUCUUUAUGGAGAGCAACAAUUCUUUUUGUCAGAUCCUCAGAGAGUUCUUUGCCAUGAGGUGCCAUGUUGAACUUCCAGUGACCAGUAUGAGAGAGUGUGAGAGCGAUAACACCAAAUUUAACACACCUGCUCCCCAUUCACACCUGAGACCUUGUAACACUAACGAGUCACAUGACAACAGGGAGAGAAAAAGGCUAAUUGGGCCCAAUUUGGACAUUUCCACUUAGGAGUGUACUCACUUUUGUUGCCAAUGGUUUAGACAUUAAUGGCUGUGUGUGGAGUUAUUUUGAGGGGACAGCAAAUUUACACUGUUAUAAGGCUGUACACUUACUACUUUACAUUGUAGCAGAGUGUCACAUGAAAAGAUAUAAUAAAAUAUUUACAAAAAUGUGAGGGGUGUACUCCCUUUUGUGAAAUACUGUAUACCGGUAUGUUAAUGUAUGUAUAUUAUACAUUACACUUCUGCUGGUUUGGUGAAAUUUAGAUUUUCUACAUGUGGAAUUUACCUAAAUAAAAUUUUAAAAUUGAGAUUAACGAAUAGUUACAUAAAUUGCUAAAUCAUUAUAUUUCAGUCAGAAUUUUGUGUAAUUUGAUUUAAAGGGAAAGUCACUUCCCAGGAUUUGUAAUAUUAUUUUACUAUCCCUAUCAUUAAUAAAUAUGUGUGUUGUGAGAUGUGAAAAAUAAAAGGAAAUUUAGAUAUCUACAUCUAUUUAUCCUGCAACUGGGUGCCUCCAUCUUACCUCUUUGUCAAUCAUUGUUAUAAGUUUUGUCUUUUGCAUCUUGCUGUCAGCAUAGAUAAAACAUACAGAGAAGAGGAGAAUAUAGUUUUCCAUUUCUCCUCGUAAUUUGCGAAUUUUUGCCCUGGUUUUGCAUUGUGCAAGGGAUUGUGGUGUAAUUUGCUAAAGCGGAGCUUUUUAACCAAAAUUUAGUAAUUCCAUUUUCAGGUCACCAUCAUUCAUUGUUAAGUAUAAAUACUUUAUUUUGUAUUACCUAGCAUAGUCUGAUGUGUUUUAUUACCAUUAGCUUUAACAAAACCAGGGCAGUUGUAUUUCAGGUUCUACUAAAUUAAAAAGGAUGUGACAUUAACCAAAAUGGUUUCAACAGGUCACAAUAACUAUAUAAUCAUUCCUAUGUUCAUUGAUUAUAUGUGGAUAGAAAUAAACUACAUACUAGUCUGAUGUAAGUGUAUCCUCAGGCAGCUAAAGAAUUGGCCAGCCUACAUUAUCAUUUCUUUUUUUCACUAAAAGUUUUUUAAAGAACAUUUUGCCUUAAAUAGGUAGGUAUUGAAAUACACAUUAAAAAGGAGCAUAGGUAUGUGUUUAUACAAUACAGUUACCUGUUGUAUGAACAAUAAACAAAUAUACUAAAUAAUACAUUAGAGUGAUUGUGGUCGCUAUGAAAGUUAAAAAUGUCAGUAAGUCAGUUAUUGCUCCUUUGACGUACAAUCCGCCCACACAAGGGCAUUUCUCAUAAAAAAGAAAGCAAUAGCAGGGAGCAGCGAAAACAAGAAAAAAGGAAGAGAAAAGUAAGAAGUAAGAAGAUGUUUUAGAGCUGCAGGGGCGUCACUACAUCAUGCAGUGCCCCUGCAAUUGAAAUUGAAGCCGGGAGCACUGAGCCUCCCAACACAAGCUGCAGCCACAGUGCACAGGGGUGGGUGGAAUUCCCACGUGCGGCCAAAGGGGGCACUGUGCUGGGAGGAGCUUCCAGCUGGGUCACAUAGAGCAGCGCAGGGGAGAGACAGGGAGAGGAAGCUCGGCAGCUGCUGGUGUGUGGGAGUCAGUGUGUGUGGUUCAGUCUGUGUGUGUGUAUGGGUCAGUCUGUGUGUGUGUGUGUGUGUGUGUGUGUAUGGGUCAGUCUGUGUGGGGGGGCAGUCUGUGUAUGUGUGUGGGUCAGUAUGUAUGUGUGUGUGUGUGUGGGUCAGUAUGUGUGUGUGUGGGGGGGGCAAUCUGUAUGUGUGUCUGAGUCAGUUUGUGUGGGGGUCAGUCUGUGUGUGUAUGGGUCAGUCUGUGUGUGAAUGGAUCAGUCUGUAUGUGGGGGGGAGCCAGUCUGUGUGGCCAGUCUGUGUGUGUGUAUGGGUCAGUCUGUGUGUGUGUGUGUGUGUGUGUGUGUAUGGGUCAGUCUGUGUGGGGGGGCAGUCUGUGUAUGUGUGUGGGUCAGUAUGUAUGUGUGUGUGUGUGUGGGUCAGUAUGUGUGUGUGUGGGGGGGGCAAUCUGUAUGUGUGUCUGAGUCAGUUUGUGUGGGGGUCAGUCUGUGUGUGUAUGGGUCAGUCUGUGUGUGAAUGGAUCAGUCUGUGUGUGCAUGUAUAUGGAUCAGUGUAUGUGUGUGUGUGUGUGUGCGUGUAUUGGUCAAUCUGUGUUUGGGGGGUUCAGUCUGUGUGUGUAUGGGUCAGUCUGUGUGUGGGGGGCAGUCUGUGUGGGUGUGGGGGCAGUCUGUAUGUGUGUAUGGGUCAGUCCGUGUUUGGGGGGGUUGUCUGUGGGUGUAUGGGUCAGUCUGUGUGUGAAUGGGUCAGUCUGUGUGUGCGUGGAUAUGGGUCAGUCUGUGUGUGGGGGAACAGCCUGUGUGUGUAUGGGUCAGUCUGUGUGGGGGGGCAGUCCGUGUGUGUAUAUGGGUCAGUCUCUGUGGGGGGGCAGUUUGUGUGUGUAUGGAUCAGUCUGUGUGUGUAUUGGUCAAUCUGUGUUUGGGGGUUCAGUCUGUGUGUGUAUGGGUCAGUCUGUGUGUGUAUGGGUCAGUCUGUGUGUGAAUGGUUCAGUCUGUGUGUGCGUGUAUAUGGGUCAGUCUGUGUGUGGGUGAACUGCCUUUGUGUGUGUAUGGGUCAGUCUGUGUGGGAGGUCAGUCUGUGUGUGUGGGGGGCAGUCUGUAUGUGUGAAUGGGUCAGUCUGUAUGUGGGGGGUGUCUGCAUGUGUAUGGGGUAGUCUGUGUGUGGGAGCAAUCUGUGUGUGUGUGUAUGGGUCAGUCUGUGUGUGUGGGGGCAGUCUGUGUGUGUGGGGGGCAGUGUGUAUGUGUGUAUGGGUCAGUCUGUGUGUGUGGGAAGUCUGUGUGUGUAUGGGUCAGUCUAUGUGUGAAUGGGUUAGUCUGUGUGUGCGUGUAUAUGGGUCAGUCUGUGUGUGCGGGGAACAGCUUGUGUGUGUGUGUGUAUGUGUCAGUCCGGGUGGGGGCAGUCUGUGUGUGUGUAUGGGUCAGUCUGUGUGGGGGGGCAGUCUGUGUGUGUAUGGAUCAGUCUGUAUGGGUCAGCCUGUGCUUGGGGGUUCCAGUCUGUGUGUGUAGGGGCAGUCUGUGUGGGGGGGCAGGGGUCAGUCUGUGGGUUUGUAUGGGUCAGUCUGUGUAAAUGCCUGAGCUCCAAGAGAGAUACGUCUCAUCUCGUGACCUUCCCUGUACCCGAUAGAUAGGCAGCCUUCUACACCACCACGGAUCUGAUUGUGCCACCCCCUCUCUGCAAAGUGGGAUCAGGGAAAGGGGAAUAUUUAUUUUUUAAACUCUUGUUAAAGAACACAGAACACCCUCACAGAACCACCUACCCGCCACAUACAGUACACUCCCACACAGAGUAUACCUUUCCAUACACACACAGUGCAACCCUCACACACUUCAUUACACAUAUCAUCUUUUCACCCACAUACACACUUCAUCAUCACAUACAUUUAUCCCCACUCACACAUACAUACAUAUAUACAUACUUCACCUCAUCACACAACGAAUUGUACACACAUACACACCCUAUUAAAUAAUACACUACAGCUCUUUGAUAAGCACACAAUGCAACCCUAAUACACAUACACUCACACUACAGUCCCUAGAUGUGCACACCCACACUUUACAGGCCAUCUCAACACACACAACAGCGCCUAGUUAAACAUAGUACACCAUAAACAGACUCCGAUAUACACACACUUCACCAUAGCCCCUUCUAAACACCAUGGAAAAUUUUCUUGCAUCUCCUGAGAAGGUUUUCCAAUUUCCAUGAAAAGGUAUCUUGCCUGUAAUAAGGAAGGCGCAGCUGUGGAACUACAGGCAGUGCUGGUGUUGCGGUUACACCGGAUACCAUUGAGUGGCCCAUGCACUUAGGGACACCCGAUUGGCAUGUGUCUGCAGGGGCUCAAAACUAUUUUUGCACCAGGGCCCUCUCUACGUUCGUUCCGCCACUGUGCAACAGCUUCCCCGGCACACAAACUUUGCACCUGCAUGGAAGAUCGCCUCCCUGGACGCAAGCUCUGCCCCUACAUGGAGCUCCGCCCCCACUCUCUAGCAGAGGACCUUGCUGCAGAUAGAGGCCUGAAAAUGGUCUCCUAGUUCUCCCACAGCCACAGCCUCCAGUGCCAGGUAUGCGUCCAAUACUUAGCAUGACAGGGUGAUCUUGUAAGUGUAUGUGCCUGCUACUUGGUGAGCUUUUGUGUGUGUCAGUGAGCUUGUCUGUAGUGAAUUUGUGUGUGUUUCAGUAAACUUGUCUAUAGUGAGCAUGUUUGUUAGUGAGCUUGUCUGUAGUGGGCAUGUGUGUUAGUGAGAUUGUGUCAGUAAGCUUGUCUGUGGUGAGCAUGUGUGUGUCAGUGAGCUUGCCUGUAGUGAGAUUGUGUGUGUAUAUCAGUGAGCUUGUCUGUAGUGAGCUUGUGUGUGUCAGUAAGCUUGUCUGUAGUAAGCCUGUGUGUAUCAGUGAACUUGUUCACUCCCUCCGGCGGCCGGCUUUAAUGUUUCCUGACAGGGCUGACAAAAUCCAGGUGCCAGGGCGAAAUUCCUAGUUGCCAUGGUGACCUAGCGCCUGGGAUUUGUUGAGCCCUGUGCAUGUAUGUAUGUAUAUAUAUAUGUAGAGAUUGUAGCUGUAUUAAUCCAAUAAAAAAAAGUAUUACAAGAUACGAAUUUUAACUGUUUUUUACAUAUAUAUAUGUACACACAUAUAUACACAUUUUAUAACUACCCCACUGGUUUUGUCCUUUGCCCCUCAUGUGCCCCCCGAAUAUGAAUCCUGGAGAUGUAACUGUUUAGAGGUAGCUGUGGAGUAUGAGGCCUGGGUUCUCCUUGACCCAUACCCAUCUCUCAACCUUUUUUUACAUUACUUAAAUCCACUUCAACCCCCGUCUCCCCUGCAGAGCGACCCUGUGUUAUUUAGCUUUGCACAAAAUUCUUCACACAUUCCCCAAAAUCUUUUGUUAGUUUUCCUAGUUUCCAUUGCUGAGUGUGCCAUAUAUAUAUAUAUUAGUGUUUCUUGUUCUUAACCUUCCGGAUCCGUAGGUUAAGAACAGAGUAUAAGGGUGAAACUUCCACAGUCCGCUACUUCAUAACUAAAGCCUGUUAAGUUGCUAAGAAAAAUUGACAGCCAAACUGCAUCAUAUUUUUAAAAGGUCUCUCGGGAACACAUGUAAUAAGACAAGCAUAUUUAUUUCUGACCAGUAGGUGGUAGCACAGAGCAGUCAUGCUUUUUUGGUCAGGACAGGGCCAAGUGCUUUGCUGAGUUCCAGUCAAGGCCACAGCAGAAAUGCAUUGUGUGUUUGAAGUAUGUGUUUUCAUGCUACCAUUGAUUUUAUUUACAAAACAGCAAUUUGUGACAAAAUAAAAGUCAAAUUGCAAAGCUUUGGCUGAAAUGACCAAAUUGUGACUAAAACUGAGUUGUACACUUAUUCCAAACCAUCUAUAUUUACUUGCGUUUUACAGUUUGUUUUUCAAUUCAUCAUAAUUUCCAGUGAAAAAAAUAAACAUUGUUUGUACCUGUGCUUUGCUUGCUAUACAUAUAACUGAGUGUAUUAAAGGAACAGCGUCACUGGCAAUAAUGGCAAUAAUAAUAAUAAUAAUAAUAAUACAUUUUUAAAAAGUUAAAACACAUCCUUUCAUGCAUGUCCUGCCACAGUGCCAGUUUAAAUGCCCAGAGCACUUUAUUUUGUCCUCUACAGACGCUCCUUCUAGUAGCUUCUGGUGGACAUUUGUGCCCAAGUUGUAGAAAAGGUUAUCCUUGGCUACCUACUGUCUACAAUAAUAUCACGGUGGAGUCAGCCCUUGCUUAUAUAUUGAUUAGUAUAAAGGCAAUGUGAUGGAUUAGUUCAGAAAAUAUGCACAGUUUCUUCCAGGGGUUACAGAAGUGAUUUUGUCCUCAGAAUAGAAAACCCUUUAACAAAUGUUUAUUUUUUCAUUUUUACAUAGUACGUUUCCCUUAAAGUCUGUUUAUCUAGAGUAUCUUGUAUGACUGUGUAUAGGAAGGAGUGGUUGUUGGUUAAUUAUACUAGUCAUGUGACUGUGCAUCUUUUUAUUGAUCUACAAUGUGUGAAAACAUUUUAGUUGUAUUGGAUUUCAUUGGCAUUUAACAUAAAUCAUUACAACAUCUAAAACAUAACAUUUGUGUUUCAAAUGUUGAAACAAGACAUUAUAAGAAUUUUCUUCUUUACUUAAGGCUAAAAUUCAGUCAAAUAUAAGACAUGGCCCUCCUCCUUUUGGAAUGGUCGCCAAGAGGGGUGAAGAUACAGGAACAAGUUCGGAAGAUGACGGAUUACCAAGGAGUCCUCCUGAAAUGUCUCUGAUGCAUGAGGCUGUAAGAACAAGGGUAAGGACGUUGUCCAGUAUUGAUAUUCUACAUUGACACAAUAAAUGCAUUGUUUGCAUCAGAAGGACAAUUUAAAAGAUUAAGACAUUCUCAAGUGAAGAGGCAACAGCAGCUGUGGAUAGCAGAUAUAAUGCAUUCCGUUAAAAAGAGAAUAACAAUAAUGAUAAAAGGCAGGUUUAAAUGUACAUCUCUGACACCUCUAAAUAACAGGCUACACAGGUAGUUCCUCCCAUUUUCUUAUAUAAAAUUUGAAAGUCAUCUAUAUAUUAACUGACCAUCAAGUAGUCUUCCUUCAAUUCACAAUGGAACAGUUGCACAUAUUCUCAAACAAUCAAAUAGAAAGAAUGUGCUGUGUUUACACUGUGUACAUAAUCACAAUUUUACCACCCGAAUAUAUACAGUCAUGGGAAAAAGAAAGUACACCUUCUUUGAUUAUUCUGGUUUUAAAUAUUAGAACAUAAUAACAAUCAUAUGUUCCUUCGCAGGUCUUAAAAUGAGGUAAAUACAACCUCAGAUGCACAGCAUAUGACAUAUUACACUGUGAGAUAAUUAUUUACCAAACAUAAAGCCAAAAAUGGAGAAGUCAUAUGUGAAAAACUAAGCCCGCCUUAUGAUGCAAUAGCUUGUAGAACCACCUUUAGCAGUAAUAACCUGAACUAUUCGUUAUCUGUAUGACUUCAUCAGUCUCUCAUAUUGUUGUGGAGGAUUUCUGGACCGCUUUUCUUUACAGUUUUGCUUCAGUUCAUUGAAGUUUGCUGCACAGAUCUCGCCACAGCGUUUCGAUUGGUUUGAGGUCCGGACUUUGACUCGGCCAUUGCAACACAUUGAUUCUUUUCAUUUGGCGAGAUAGCUCAGUGGGCUAAUGCAUCAUUAGAAGAAUCUGUUCAACCCUUGGGUCGCAGGUUCAAAUCCCCACAGGGUUGACUCAGCCCUUCAUCCUUCCGAGGUAGAUGAGUAUGAGUAAAUGAGUACCAUUAGAUUGGCUAAUAGUAACAACCCCUGGAUGUUGGGCUAAGUUAACAUCCCCAGGACAUACUUGAAAACCAGAGUAAUCUGGUUCAAUUUCAGCCAUUCCGUUGUAGAGUUGCUGGUGUGCUUGGAAUCAUUGUCCUGUUGCAUGAUCCAAUUUCAGCCAAGCUUUAACUGUCGAACGGAUUAUCUCUAGAAUAGUUUGGCGUUCGUGAUUUACUCAAUGACUGCAAUUUUCCCAGGUCCUGUGGCUGCAAAUCAUCCACCAGCAUGCUUGACAAUUGGUAUGAGGUGUUUGUUCUGAAAUGCUGUGUUUGGUUUUUGCCAAACUUGGCACUGUGCAUUAUGGUCAAACAUCUCCACUUUGGUCUCGUCUAUUGAAAGGACAUUGUUCCACAAGUCUUGUGGUUUGUUCAGAUGCAACUUUGAAAACCGAAGCCGUUUUUUCAAUGUUAUAUAUAGAGAGCAUAGGCUUUCUUCUGGCUAAACUUCAAAACAAACCAUACUUGUUCAGUCUUUUUCUAAUUGUACUGUCAUGAACGUUAAUAUUUAAUAAUAUGUAAUGCCUCAUUCUUACUUAACACCAAAAAAGAAACACAAAAUAUAAAAGAUAAUACCUUCUUAUUUUGUUAUUUAUCUAUUGCACAUGCACCACCUUCAAAGCUCUUGGCACAUACUAUUAUCUUUAUGACUCAAAAAGUAAAAUUUUCAUAGAGUUCAGUGGCCAUCCCCAACACCUAAUCAAGGUUUUCACAGAUUGAAAAAAUGGCAGUCCAAAGGUAGGCACUCCAGUUGUUGUUCACUAUAUCUUCAAUGAUGCACUUAUAGCCAUAAUCUUGGCAAAGAAUCAGGGGAGAUGUAGUCCACAAUACUUGGAGUGGCAAAGGUUGCCUGUCCCUGGCCUAGUCCAUUUUAAAGGUGCACUAUACCACUAUAAUCACAGUUAGACUGGGCCUUUAGAUGUAGUUUAACGCAUAAUUGACCUUGUAUUAAAUAAAUAAUCUGGUUAAAUAAUAAAAUAUUCCUAUCUACUUUUAAGCUCAAAGGGUAUGUUUUUGAAUUCUCAUAUCUGAGUUUCUAGCAGAGGGUGUAGAGGUCUGCACCUCCAUAGGUACUGUAUAUAUGUGGAAAUCUGGGCCUAUACAGCUUUGGAAUAUGAACUACGUGUGUUUAUCCUGAUAAAUGAUGAUCAAUGUUACUGCUUCUGUUUUGUCACAGAUGCUACCGGGAAUGUUUACUGUAGAGUGACUCACAGCUGAUAAAAUCCAAGCUAAAGUGAGCACUUACGUGUUACCCAGAAGCUCAGCCUGUGCCCACUGGGCUUCUAAUUUCUACAUAAUAGACAAUGGAGCCUUUCUUAAAACCAUUAUAGAAGAAUGAAGUGUGCUUGAUAAAUCUAGAAUUAACUAGUUAGUGAAUUCUCCAUGGAUUUGUAAGCUAGUUGGGUAAUUGGAAAAAACAAUGAAGAGUGUGAGUGAGUGAGUGAGUGAGUGAAUUGAUUCUUACUUUCUACAGCAAUGUAAUAGUCUUGAGGUUGAAAAGGGUGGAAUACUCAGACAUUUUUAUUUAUUCUGUGAGACUUUAGAUGUGUCUGACUCCCAUGUUAUGUCCUCAUUCUAUUCCACAGUUCUUUGAUCAUCCUAAACACCUUAGUUCUCUCAGUUUGGCAGGAACAGGUAGUGAAGAAGAUGAACAGGUAAUGAUCCAACUUUGUUAAUUGUGAAAUGACUUUUAAAAAGGGCUUUUAAAAAUUGAACAUUAAUACAGACUUUCAGCCUGUAUUAGUUUUAUUUUGCAAGUAUUUUGUGUGUGUGUAUUUCUUAGUCAAAGCAACACUGUCAUUGUUUUUAUUUUUCAAUGCAUGAUAAUCCAUUAAGGACGGAUGAAAUUGUACAAAUUCUAAUGAAAACAAAACCUGGAAUGUGCGCUAUAUGUCUGUUUAACCAUAUUAAGUUCACCCACACUUAUUGCAAAUCAUUUUUUUCAGGAGAAACAGGGCUUUCAUUUAACAUCAAAUAUUCAUAUGUGAAACAUAAUUUAACAUAAUGUUAACUUCGGUAAAGAUUUUACAUUGGAUUAACCUGGGAAGAUUGGAGGGGGGAAUCAUAGGGAGGGAGAUGUGGGGAUAAGGAGGGCAUGUGGUGGUGGGUGGUCCGACAAUCUUAUCAAACAUUCAAGGGUUUUGUCAGGCUUUCAACAAUUUUCUUAGGCUUUCAACUGUUUUAGUGACAUGGUAUUCAUCCUUCUUUUUAUGUCUUUGAGGAGUGCGAGUCUGACAUUUUUGGAUAUGCGCUAAGUCUAAAUAGUAGGAGCGUGAGAUCUGGGGGCCUAUUCUCUUAGGAUUACAACCCAUACUGAAACUUGGCUAUGGCAGCAGAGUGAUAUUUGGGGUGUAAUCUGGUUUGUAGUGUUUAUAUCUUAGUGCUUGUUAUGCUUCCACUACCUCUCCGAACUAGGUUGGCAUUUACCAUGACAUCGGAUACCUAUGCAGUCAUACACCAUAGUCAUCGAUAUGGCCACAGCUGUCGGAGUCGCGGGUUCUGUCUCAUACCCGUUAUUGAGAGUUAUGUAUGACUAGUGUUGGUAUUGAGAUUGUGCAGGUUAUGUAGUUGUACUUGGAUUCAAUGAGAGAUAUAACUCCCACAUUGACCAUGCUGCUGUCACAAAUGUUUUUGGGGGUAAUUUGUCCCCGCCAUUAUUUCAUAUUGUCUAGUUGUAUUUAUUGUUUGGAUACAUUGCUAGACAGUGAGUGUAGUGGGUGAGCGCCACAUUCUACUUAUUAUUGUUAGGGCGGCUAUAAGUUUAUUGUAAAUCAUGUAUUUGCCGAAGAGAUGGGAAGAGAUGUAAUAGUUCUGGUUGUUUUGGUGCCUGUAUUCCAGAGCAUUUGUGUAUGAGCUGUGCUAUUUCUGUCCAGAAUGAGGUCAGAUGUGAGCUGGACCACCAAAUGUGGUACAUUGUUCCUGGCUCAGACAAGCAUCGCCAAAAUUUAUCCGAAAGGCCUGUUUUAAUCGUGUAGGCACUAGGUACCUUCGGUACAAGAUUUUCCUGUUAAGCUCCGUGUGAGAAAUGCAUAGUGAGAGGGGUUUGUGUGCCAGGAUUAUUUUUCGCCAUUGAUUUUCACUGAGUGGGCAAUUUAGUUCUAGUUCUUGUUCCCAUGCUUUUACAAAAUUAAAAUUAUUGGGGCUCAUUUGGGUUUGACUUUUGGCGUAUAUUGUUGUGAUCAAUUUGGAGUUUUUGGUGAUUUUUUUUCUGUGUCAGUCAGCUGUAGGCCAUUUACAGUAUUAAACAGUUAGUUUUUUUUGACCAUGAGAGCAUCUGUGUGUAUGAAAAUUUAGCUGUAUUGGGCAACCCAUAUUCUUUCUGCAUUUGCACAAAGAUUUUCAAGCUGGGCCCCUAAAAUAUGUGGUACAGGUGUGUUAUGCUGUGUCUAUGCCAAAGUUUAAUGUUACAGUCUGGGAUGAGGGAGGGCAGGGAAGCAAGUGGUAGUGCGCGUGAAAUCCCCUUGUGUAAUGCAUGUGUUUCCUGGAAUUUAUCCCAGAGUUGGAGUGUGAGUUUGGUUGUUGGGAGCAUGUGUUUAUAUUUCGACCUGAACUUCUUGGGCAUCCAUGCGUCCGCUCACAAGCUUCACCUGGUCUUUAUGUAUGAUCAUGGGGAUAAUUUGGGUUAGUCUGUGUAACGGAGCUCCCUGUACCCCGACUGGGUACCUCCAUCAAAGAACAGCUUCCUAGCUGGAACAGGGGACAAACCACAGCACUUCUGCCCACAGUCGCUGUGGCUUGACUGGGGCCCUGAAACCGCUCCUUCCUAGAGUCGAAUGGGGAAUUAUCUCUAGUCCUUACAAGGACUUUCCCCGUUGAAUCCCCUGCAAGCUGGAACAGCAGACACAGGAGUAAAUCUUCUUUCCCUCCAAUAACAGGAUGACACACAGUUUUGGAGUGCAAGCUGGAAUAGGAUUUUAAUGGAGGCACACUGGCCUUUUAUGCAAGUUUCCCAACAAGGGCGACACCCAGGUGGACGUUGUUGGGCACAGGGACACAAAGUGAACAAACCAAUAAAAACAGAGUCAUACAGUGAGACACUCCCAUACACAAACAAUAGAAUCCCCCCUCUGUGUGGGAGAUAAUUGAAUCAGUAACUGUACUAAUCUAACCUAAUUAGAAAAAAACAUACAAUUUUAUGAAACCCCAAAAAGUACCUUAAAAACACACAAAACCCCAUAAAAGUCACAUUCCCGAUGAUAGCCCCAAUCUGGGUGAACAACAUAUUCAAAAAUCACCCAGAUCAGUUCAGGGGUUCAGGAAUUUCCUGGAAGUCAUAGUUUUGACCGACCACAAACAUGGCCCCAUGCCCAAAACAGUUCCAGGGAAAUCAGUGCUAACAGUCGGUCAAGUUUGGUAGUCUUUUACAGGUUUCCCUGCAGGGCCCAUAGUCUGUGGGCAGGAGGCUGGCAAGCAGGCUCCUCCAGGAGCUCGUGGCAAACUCACUUGGAGAGGGGAGUUUUUCACAGUCUGUUGGCUAUUUAUUUAGUAUCCGUAUUGAGCAGUGAGAUCGGAUGUAAGUUUUGGCUCUUGGUGGGAGGCUUCCCCGGUUUAGGGAGGGUGGCCACAUGCGUGAUCAGCAUCUCGUGUGGCAUGUCUCCCGUUUUUAUUAUGUGAUUGUAUACUGAUUCCAAUUUCGGGGCAAGAAUGUGUGAUUUAAUGUGUAAUGUGCUAUAGUUUGCGUGAUUUCUUGGGAUGUUACAGGUCUUUGUAGUAUCUCCUGUUGUUUUGAAGUCAAUGACAGCAGGGAUGUCAGGACCAGAAAAUUUUCUGUCUCUGAGGUAGUCGGGUGAUGGGUGUAGUCAUCUUGUUUUAUGUUGUACAGGGCAUGGUAGAAGGUUGCCUUUUCAUUAUUAAUAUCUUUGGAGUUGUAUAAUUUUUUUGUUAGUGUUUGUUAUCAGGUAUGGGAUUUUGGAUUGUGUCUGUUUCUUCCUUAACAUUGUUGCAAGUGUUUUCCCCGCUUUGUUACCCAUGGAGUAAUUUCUAAUUUUCAGGCGUUGGAGUGAGUAGGCUGUUUAGCUAAGUGUAUUUCAUUUAUGCGUGCUGUUGUGUCAGUUAUGGUGCGUAUAUGUUGAUCUGCUGUUUGCAGGAUAUGUGCAUUCGUUGCAUCUCUUAGGGAGCAUAGGAGUCCUAAGUAGUCAUUUUGGGAUUUACAUUUUAAGAAUGAAGCUCGGCUAAUCAGUAGUCCUGUAAUGGUUGGGUAUCCCCAGCGGUAGUGGAUUCCUUGCUGCCGCAGGGCUUCCACCACGACCCGAAAGCUUUUCCUACGCCUGAAUGUUGCCGCAGAGAGAUCAGCAUAUAUGGUUACGGUAGGAUAGUCCUCACGAGGCUAUCUUGUUGCGGUAAGAUCAUAGCACAUGCUCUUUUAUAUGGAAGUAGUGUGCCCGGAGGAGCACAUCGCUUGGGGUUGAGUCAGGCAAGUAACUUGGCUUCAGAACAUGGUGCACCCGGUCAAGCAGGAGCAUGUCUGCCGGUACAUCCACGUGCGUAGGCCUGCAGGUCUUCAUGCAGGACAGAAUCAGUCACUCCUUGUAGCCUAAGGUUGUUCUUUCGGCUUCUAUCCUCUGAUUCCGCCAUCCUGGAUUCUAGGAGUUCUAUCUCAUUUUCUAGAGAUUGAACGUGAUCUGCUCUUUUUCUGUUCCAUGUGGGUUGUGCUCAACUCUUGUACAUCCUUGCGGAGAGCAACCGCUGUAUGUUGCCACGAGGCUAUGAGCUUACUCAAUAGAUUAUCCAGGGCUUGUGCCAGAAAUGCUUUUGUUAUGUUUUCCGCGUCAGUUUCAGGCAGAUGCUCUGUGGUUGGUUUCAGAACACUCAUGUCAGAGUCACCGUUGCCAUCUUAUGGGUGGCCUAAAUGUGCCACAGGAGUUUUAUAGCGGAAAAAGUAAUUUUUUUCCGCUUUAGACGCCACUUUCUUAGAUUUGUGUUGGGACAUCUUUCUUUUGGAGUGUUGGAAAGCUUUUGGCAGCUCCUUUUCCGCACUUUGUAUGAAGCUCAGAACCGGAGCAAUUCUUCAUGCGGCCAUAUUGCUCGGCGAUCAGCAUGGCAUUUUAACUGAGUGUCAUAGUACUGUUAGUUGUUACUGCAAUAAAAUAUACAUUUUUGUGUACCCUUCUCCCCCUAUGUACAGGUAUUAUGUGGUUUUGGAAAGUUACAGAGUUAAAUAUAGGUCUUUCCCCGUUUUCAGUUUGUACACAUUGAAAUUUACCAAAUUGGUUUGCCAGGCCUACGUUGCCUUUGAGACCUUAUAGCAGCCCACAAAUGAAAACAACCCAAUCAUGGCAUACGAUUUGAAAAAGUAGACAACCAAGGGUAUUCAAAAUGUCCAGUCUUGUUUAGUAGCCACUUAUACACAAACGCUGGCCAAAGUUAGCAUUCAUAUUUGGGGUUUUUUGCAUUUUUCACAAAUAAACUGCCCUUUCACCAAUGAUAUCAUCAGCAUUAUAGAUUUUUUUUUCUAUAAUUUUUUUUCCGUGCGUUGAUGUACAAACAGACCUGUGAUGCCACAACAGUGAAAAACAGGCACAAUAUAGGCAACAUCAACAUUCAGUGUUGAGGCAUAGGAGAAAACAGCACAGUUUUAAGUAGAGUCAUGUUAAUACCAAAGUUGUCAGUGGACAGAAGCCCUGAACAUUCAAAAGCAUGCUAUACAGACUGACUGCUUGGUUUGUCUUAGUUGCAAUAAAACAAUAGACAGAUAUUGUCAUGCACUGAACGAGUAAAGGAAGGAAAAAAUAAAUAAAAAUUACAUGCUUAAUACAAACUAAUAAACGGUGAAUAACCCCUAAGAGGCCUCCAAGGUAUGGUAAUCAUGAAUCCCACUGGGAAAUAGUAAUAGUAAGUUUACCUAUACCGUGUUCAAGUGCGGUCAGAUUGUGCCAAAAGUUAGAACCUAUAAAGCAUAGAUAUUCCCUACCCAAUUUCAAAUUUCACAGGAGUUCUAAGUUCAGGCCCAGUAGCUCAUCUGAUGCAGGACAUGAGGUCACCAUAGGGGGCCUGGGCAGGCUCCGUGUAUUCUGCAGAGUUCUGCACAAUUCUUUCCAGGCAAGGUGAGGUUUGGGAUACAAGCUUUUUUGAAGUCACGAUUCUGGCCGCUGCAGGUAGUAGGAUUUAAGGUGAGUCAGUAGCCGCUGGUUCGGGCAUCUAGGUCCAUCCAAACUCAGCCAUGUGGACUCAUGUUCAGUCUUUAGUUGUUGCCUGUGCUGCUGCCAUUUUCGUGCUCUGGGCUUCUUGAACACCUCGUCCUUCCUGUGAGGCUGUGAUGGUGAUGCCAUAGGAGAGUGACUACAUGCCUUUUGCUUGACAGCCUGUCGUUCUCUAGAUGCCAAUUUUCUCCAAAUCGUGGCAAAAUGUGGUGUCCAACUUGGACUCAAAGUCUGAUUUCUUGCUGCAGCAAUCAGGGGGAAUCGUGGCGUCCGCCAUGUUGUGUGCUUUUAAGUCGGCAGUCUGCAUGCCUGCCCUUAACCCUCGGGCCUGAUACCUCCCAGGGGCAUACUGGGGUCAACCCCACCAGUCCAAAAGGGGGUAGGAGUAUGGGGUUGAUGGUUCCGCACCGCUGAUUUUAGAAUGAUGAAAACGGCCACCUCUUCUCAGCUCCGUCAUCUGCAGGCCAGGUAAGCCAUCUGGGCACCGGAUUUGCAGAAAUGCUUGGGUAAGGUAUCAGUAGCUUCACCUGAAAACCCCUAACUGAGGUAGUGCCCUUAGGUGCGACCGUAUGGCAGCCCAAGAAUAAAAAUUAUCCCCAUCAUGGCAUACCAUUUAAAAAAGUAGACAACUCAGGGCAUUCAAAAUGGGGUAUGUUCAGUCUUUUUUAGUAGUCAAAAACUAUUAGCGUUAUAUUUGUUAGCGUUCAUAUUAGUUUUUUUUUGCAUUUUUCACAAAAAAACUGCACUUUCAUUGAUGAUAUAGUGUUGUAAUAAAUUGUACUGGUUUGAAACACCAAUGUUUGUGUUUUGCGCAGUCUCUAGAGUACAAAAGUACCUCCCAUGUUCAGGUGUUAUUUUUUUUCUUAUGUAAAACUUUUUUUUAAAAAGGGUGGCUUUCAAAAUCAUAAAAUAAAGGGAUUAAAUCAAUAAUGGGACUAAAAAUAAUUAAACAAAACAGAAAACCUGCAAAGUGACAAUGCUGCUUUAAAAAUACAUUUUUUCUAAACUUUGUAUCGAUAUCCUUAGGCUGCUAUGCUUUUUGUAAUGUCGGAGUGAAUUACUGAUAUUGUGUUCUCUCAUAUCAAGCACUUUGGUUUUCAUUGUUGCUGCUUCAUUAACCUUGAAAAUUGAGUUAUUAGAUGACAUUUUGAAGGGUAACUGUAACGCAAGGUAACAGUUUAAGAUUUGCAUGAUAAUCAGAACCCUGUGGUAUUAUUUUUGGUAUUAAGUUAAAAACGGAUUAUUUGGAAGAAUCUAGAUUAAAUACAAAUAAGACAAGACUAGUAAAAAUAAGUUUCACAAAAACUCUAGGGUUGUAAGGGUUAAAAUUAACACUAUGGAUGUCUGCUGCAUAGGGCAAGAGGAUGCAAAUGCCCCCCAGGAAUUUGCCUUUCCUUUAAUUUCAAUAUAACAUAAGUCUAACAGAGCCUAACCACAAUAUGGCUUUGACACCCCAUGGAAAAUUUCCUAGGAACACCCCAAUCACCAAUAUUGCAGAUGUAAACAAGGUGCUUCAAAGGUAGCAAAAUCAGAGGGAGAGAUUAUGUAGUAGUUGGUGACUCACAACGAUCUUAUUCAGGGUUACUUUCAAUAAUGUUGCAGCGGAGUCUUCUUGUGUGAUUUUCCAACCAAAUAUCUAACCAUUGACCCUUCAUUCAAAUGAUUUACACCAACCAUGUUUACUUAAACCUUAAAGAAAACCCCCUAAUCACCAUCAGAAUCAUUCUUUUGGGUAACCUAGAUUAGCGUGAGGAGCAUGAAUAUAGAUAGUGUCAGUGUUCUUACAUCUUGAUUCUGGUUCAGGAAAAAAAGAGAUUCUGUACUACUCAGACAUUUAUUUUGUGAAGACGGAUUGAGUUCUGGGUAAAGAUUAUGAGGCAGAAACAUCCCACGCUUUCAAUGUGAGUAGUGAUUUUAGUUGAAAUGUUAUCGAGAAUAAUGCAAGACAGAUACUUAAUAACGUUGAAUUACAGUAAUAGUAAAGUAUACCAGAUUGUAUAUCUGUCUCUUGAACUGUUAGAUGGAUUUAGAGUACAAACAUCAAUCACGUCAGUAUCUUGUUGAGAUUGUACAAAGAGUACUGAAAGAUGAAUGCCAAUGUCAGAUGAAGAUAUGAAAAGAGUUGAAAAAUACAAUGGAAGGAUGGAUAGUCUUAGCUUUUUGAACAUAUAAAUACAACAUGAAAGCAGUUUUUAUACCUUUAUAUAUUGUGCAAAGUUGUUUAUUGGCAAUGAGUCCAGUUUUGGAACAAAACAGGAAAUAUCAUAAAAUGAGGAGCUGUUGUCUUUUUGUUGUUGACUGUUAUUUUUUUCUUUCCUGUUAAAUAAAUUUGACAUAUUCAUUAGAAUGCCUUUUGCAAUAGAGUUUGUGUAUAAAAUGUUUUUUUGUGAGUUCAGUGUGGUUCACACAGCUAUUUUCACUGCCUACCAUGUAUACUGUUACAGUUUUGAUAGGAGAAGCCCAGAUAGCAGCAAUAAGCCAAAUCGAGGUACCAAAAGGGAUAAGCGAAAAAUAUAGUCAGAAAAGCCAAGGUCAGAGGCAGGCAGCACAUGAUUAUAAACAAGGAAAUAGACAGAAAUGGGUCAUAUACCAGGAAGACCCAUUGCCGAAGCAUGCAGCGUAUGCCGAAGAGGGACCACGUUUAAUGAGGAGUGAGGCGCACCAAAGGAACUCCAAGUGAGUCAGACUGAGGCCCUGAUGUAUACACAUUUCUGGGAUUCAAUGAAAACUCAUGACAAUGUUCAGGUAAUCAUGGGAGAUUUUAUAUUAGCAUUGGUUCACUGUCUGUAUUAGGCUUGCAUUUGAUGCAAAUGAAAAUGUUUAAAAUAACAAUAACGACAAAACAAAAAUAAUAGCUAAUACAAAGUAAAAGAGAAAAGGUGCGUAGGCGCUUCAAGUGUUUGAGGAAAGCAAGAGGUGUAACUCAAGGAGUAUCCCCCAACACUCUCCAAUCAAUAAAACAGAAUGAAAACCAAAGUUACCCUGUUGAACAUAAAAUAUACCUACUACUAAUCGCAGGAUACAAUGAAUCACAGUGCACUGAGGAAGAAUCCUAUAUUGAGUUGAAACGCAUUUGCUGCUUUUCCAGGGAUUUAAGGACUUUAUUUACAUUGCGGUGACUUUAGCCAUUUCGGCUAUCUGUUUGCACUGCUGUAAUCUUUUACUCCCAGACCCUAUUUUAUUUGUAGAUAUAUAUAUCUUGAUUUAAUACAUUUUGGAAUAUCUGUUCUCCAAGUCUACUGUGAAAUGUUGGUAUUCCCAGAUCCAGCCACCAUCUAUAGCCUGUAUAGGCACCCUAAGGCCUUUUAUACAGAGCCUGGCACGGCUCUGAAUCUAGUGAGUUACUGUCUAUAUUGUCUUUGAGCAUUUUUUAUGUACAGUCUUCACUAUGUUUCCUUGUUUUCAUAUUUUCUAGAUUAUAUGUAUUUAUCCUGUGAUUACUAGUAGGUAUAUUUUAUGUUCAAAAGGAUAACAAAAAUAAUAGCUGGUUAGCUAUUGUUACAAGUCAUAGCUAGUACAUUUUCUCCAAGUUUGUAAAAUGUUUAAAAUGAUAUAAUUACUUGAUUCAUUUCAUAUGUAUUGACAAGAUCCUUUUUUAUGUAAAAUAAUAAUUAUAAUAAUUAUUUUAUUAUUGUGGAAAAUAUGUAUUGUUGCAGCCGUAUUAAAUGCAAUUACAGAACGUUGGCCUUGAAUUAAUAUUGUUGGGUAAGCUUACCAAAUGAUUUAAUAUGUCAAAAACUUCCAAAAUAUUACAAGAUUACAAUUUUUAAUACUAUGAAAUCAUCAGAAAAUAAAAAAAAGUUUUAAAAAAAAUCAAAAACAUUAAAUUGAGGCCUUUGUUGGGUUUUGUGGUGGGUGAACCAUCUGUAAAUAGAAACACUGUAAUGCAAGCGCAGCUUAUCCUCUAUUUCCCCUGUUUAUGUCUCUCUGACCACUGUUUGUGUGUUUGAGUUAGCUUAUUAGGUUUUUGCCGAAAAUAUUUGUAUAUACCUAUCUCUGUAUAUCACAUGAGGAAAAAUUUGUGUUUUGCAUUUUUUUUUUUCAGUUAGCAUUUUUUGAAUAAAGUUUACACAGUAAUUUUCUCUGGGUGCACUCCCUUAUAUAAUGUGUUUAGCAAGUAUAUGCCUAUGUAAGAUCAGCCACUGUAGCUAUAUAAUGUGGAAUUUUACGUCUGGCAGCAAAUGAGUUCAGCUCCAUAAGUGCAGCAUUUCAUGACCACUUCAAAUCACAUGGUGCUUGGAGUAACCCUUUAAACCCUUUGCAAAACUCAAACUAAUAUUUAGAAUUUCAUGUUUUAAAACUAAAUAUCUGUUUUGAAGAUAUCAUCAGGGCAUUCAUCGAGGCCUCUGUCUCCUGAGGAAAAGCAGUACACACAUGCCAAAAGUUCAUCCCUGCAAAGAAAAGAGGGUCGUAGUCUUUCACCAUCAGCUGAUUUUGAUACUCCAGCUCAACUCUCAACCUUUCUGGAUAGUUCUGCGGCAAGACAUAGGCUUUCUGUGAAACCAAGAAACCAGAGGACUUCCAAGAUUAGAAGAUCAUCUGCGGUAAUACAUUAAUCCAAUAGGUUUUAUCCAUUAUUAUUAUUAUUAUUGCCAUUUAUUGCCAUCUUCUGCUUCUAAUACCGCCCUAUGGUGAGAGUGAAAACAAGUCUAGGUGUAAGCCAGUUUAUCAUUAUUGUAUAUGCAUUAUAUAUAUAUAUUACUGUAGAAGAGCUCCAAUAUUCUUGCUGAGUAUCUCUUGCCAUGUGGCAGAGCCUGCAAAUGUGGCCCAGAGGCACAUGGUCUGCUGUUUUAUAUUGGGUUAUUAUGAGGGCCUGUAUGAGAGCCUUGUGACUUUUCAGGCUCUUCCACAAUUACAUUUUACAACUGUACCAGGGUCAUGUAAACUACUGCCUUGACAUUACAUAUCUUAACAUCUUCAGUCAACAUCCGUGAAUUAUGUUACAUAAACUUUCUCACCCAAAAUGUUGUUCAUUUUAUUGAAUGAUACUCUCCCUAACUGUUUUAGGUGCUUCAGGAGGAAACACUUGUUGAUUUAACUACAACUGAAGAAGAACCUGAAGGUGACACAGAAGAAGCCAAGUCAACACCUACUCAAGGAAAAGAGAAUAGCAAGAGUAUAGAGGCGGUGGAAUGUGGAACAAGUCCUUCUGGUAAUGCACAUUCCAUGGAAGUUUCAAAUAUAAAAUCACAUGACUCUGAAGGGAAGCAGAAUGAAAUUGUAAUGGGAGAGGAACCUCAAAUUUCAUUGGCACAAACCGAGAUCUCAUCUGAUAAAGUGGAAUUAAGCAACAAGUUACCUUCUACAGUUGAACAUACCAAUACUUAUCCAAGUGCUGGUGUAAAUGCUAAAACUGAAUUAGGCUUGGUGGAUGCUUUACUUGUUAAAUCAAAUGAAAGAGCACCCUGCAGAUUAAAUACUGUGGACAAUGCCUUGUCUGAAUUAGUGUUAGAUAAAAGCAUGCCAUCUAAAACAGAUCAGAGCCCCAAAUUACCUUUAAGCGACAAUGAAGAAAAAGAAAUGAAAGAACAUAUGAAAAGUCUAGCUAAUGAAGCACCCCCAGUUGUUGAGGAGUUUGUUAUAACAAAGACAAAGUCUGAUCAGAUUCUCCAUUCAUUGGACUCCCUUCAUAUUAACACUCUUUCUUCACAAUCACCAUCAACUGUAGAUUUUGCAUCAUUCCGACUUGACAAGUCUAAGGCUAUCCAGGAGCAGCCUGACAAAGAAAAUAACAAGCUUGUGGGUAAUUUAGAUAAAAAAUUAGAAAAACCAAACUCAGAUAUUGGACCACAGAGAAAGUUUUCUGUUUCAUCAGCCUGGGAAAGACCAAGAGGUGGCAGCUUUUCAUUCAAAGGAAAUGUUGAAGGUGAAAGUUUAAAAAACAUGAAAUUAUCUCUGCCCACGUCUGAAAUGCCAUCAAAUGAAAAUGAGAAAUAUGAUCCAAGACUUCUUGGUUCUCACCCUGAAAGAAAAGUCAGUGCUAGGAAAAAGGGGAAUUUGACUCAAUCAGAGUAUGUGUCUACAGACAAAGCUGCCAUUGGUUGCAUUUCUUCUGAGCAAAGUUCCACACAAGCUGCCAGUGACAUGUCUGUGGUUAUAGAACCUCAAGCAGGCAAUGAAGAGAAGAAUCCAUUUUUUGUUAAGCUAAGAUCCACUUCUAUGUCCUUACGGUAUAGAGAUGGUGUAAAUCAAGAAUCAAACAGAGCAAAAAGGCACAGUUCAGAAAUCAGACAGGAAAAAACAGGGCAGUUGAGUCCAAGUAAGGAUGGAUGUACAGAAGCCUCAAACACAGAAAUCAGUUCAAAAACAGAAAUGCUGAAAGCUAAAACAAAUAUCAAUGAACUAACUCAUACCAGGCCAGCUCUGCCCAAAAAGCCAGUUUUGCAAAACAUAACUGUAGCUGACAAUAACACAAAUAAGGAAGCAUUAGAAUGUGUGCCUCAGCAGGAAAAGAAAGUAAAAUCUCCAGAGACAAGGGCUGAAAAGGCAAUAUCAGAGAGAAGAUUAAGUAUACAAAAACACACAGGUGAGGUUCUGCUGUGGUGUGUUAACAAUGUUUAUUAUUAUUAUUUUGAUGGGGUACUUCAUUUUUCUAUUAUAGGUGGAGAAGUGAAUUGGGGACAUCAUUGCCAAAUGCCAUGUAUAAGAUGGGUGUUGUUUAUGUCCCCUGUAGAACACUUCAGUUGAAUUUUGUAAAGGAAUUAUUGCAACUAAAUUUAAGUCUCCAUUUGAGACACAUAUUAAAUCCAGUGUUAUGUGCCACAGUGUGUAAACAUUAAAUGGUUCCUGCAACCACCAUGACACGUCUGCUUUUAGAAUUGUUCAUUUUGGUAGGAGUCUGUAUGUGCUGUGUUUAUGCUUGAAACAUACAUAUAGAGAUAUUUGUAGUUGUGUGCUGGGGGCUAGUUACACCCCUGGCACAUGUGCCUGGCAGCUCUGAACUCUCUUGUAAUUCUGUGCAAAAAUUACAUCAAUCGUCGGUGUGCAUUUGUAGGCAGAGCCUGCAAGGUGAAGCGUGGAUGAUCUCUCCCUUGCCGACUGCCGCCCUCACCAUCUUCAUGUAAGCUUUGCCUGGUGCUGGAAUUCAGGUAAGUAAUAUCUUUUUAAUGUUAUUCUUAUUUCAGCUUUUAGAGGGCAUUAUUCAUUAAAAAAAAAUUAAGCAUAAGAAAGGACUGGAGUAACCCUUUAAUCACACACUCAUAGUACAUGGAAUUAAUUAAGAAAAAACAGACUGCAGUACGUUGCCAACCACCACUGAUGGAUUCUGCUUCUUCUCAUUGUCAACUACCGCUGAUAGCAAAUGUUGAUUUGCUGGGGCGCACACUGAGACAUGCUGUGCAGACCUCCCAGUCUCAUCUGAUUGCAUGCAGGGAUGAGCACAGUUAGAGUAAAACAACAUGUAUCUGGAACAUGUUGUUCCAAACAUGCAUUGCUUUGUGAAACGCUGGAUAUACAGAGAAAUUGGCACUUUUAUGCAAGGGUCUAGUUACACUCCUGGCACACGUGACCUAGGCAACCAGGAACUCUGUUCUGCUGGAUUCAUUGUGAGUAUAUUAUUAUUUACUGUUAUAUAAAUGGGGGGACCUAGUUAGCAAUGCCCACUAGAGCUUUACAAAGUAACUUUAACUAUGGACCAGGAAGGGUUGGAGUAACACUUUAAACUGCCCUUGAAAACUUGUAGCCCUAAAUGUUUAAUUACUUCUGUCCUUAUUUUAAUUAUACGCUACCUUUCAUGUCUUCACUCCUACUUUGAAUAUAGUCAGUGUUGUAUGACCAUGAAAUAUAUACACUAAAAACUCAACUGUAGUGAUCUGGAAACUGAAUCGCUAAAUUUAUACAAAAUUAGCCAAGUUACAAUAAACCCUUAUGUCUCAGACACUCUGAAUACUAAUUAUAAGAGAAUGGGCUCUUUAAAUGAGCUUUUUAAAUCCUGAUAAUGUUAAUUCCAAUGAUAAUCAAGCAAGCUGUGUAUUUGUGAUAGUUUCAUACUGAGAGUUUAGUAACUCAUUCAUUGUCCAUUGCCUAUCCCAUUGUUUGUAAUUAAAUUAAAAUUCACUAUAACCCAAGAUACAGCACGCUUUGUUCAUACUUUUGUUGAUGUACAAGAUGUAAAACUAUGGUUCUUUCACUUCCUUGGCGAUGUACAUUUUGUUUUAAAAUAAUAAUGCUGAUAUAAAUGUACAGUAACGGAGCCCUCUAAGAGGUCUUUAAUCUACUAAAUGCAGGAACACAUUUAAUCUGUUGCAGCAGGUUGCAGACCCCUCUGUGUGCUCAGUGGGUGAACAUUAUGUUAUCUAACUGAGCAUGUGAAUAAUUUGUUUGUGGGGCCAUCCUUCUGUUUUGUUUCUUUCAACAAAACUACUAUAAAGUUAACUGGUACAAAGUGAAGAAAAUGAUCCUGUUGUGCUAAUCCCAUUUAUAGUGAUUGCUUUUUAAGAUUCUUUAUUUUGCUUUUGUUUGCCAGUCUGAUAGCAGGACAUGCAAUUCAUGUAAAAUCAUGUUCAGAAACAUGAAAGUACAAAUUACUGUUAGUGCGUCAUAUGCACUGUUUGGGGCAAAAUGAAUAGUGUGUGUCUGUCGCAUUAAAAUGUGUGUCUAAGAUGUUUAACAAAAGCAUCAGUGACAGACCUAUGCUAUACAUGUACAUACACACACAUGCACCACCAACAUUAUUGAAAGAAUCAAAAAAAGUGUCUGCCCACUCAUAUAAUAGUAACAUGUUAGCAUGGUGAGUUUUUGGAGCUGAUAAUUCUGUCUACAUACCUUGUCCUCCCAUCCUGGGUUGGUUCCCUGGUGUGGUGCACUCAGGAACGCAAAUGUCUCCAGCAAGACACAUUUGUGCUGUGGGUAUUAGGAUGCAGAGAGUGCAUCAGGAACACUCGGUGCACAGUCUGCCCUGAUUGGGGCUGGAAAGGGAAGCUGACACAUCUAUUCUUUGCAUCACUGGAACACCCCUUUAGAAAUAUUAAAUAUUUAUUCUAACGAAAAAUAGUGUUUUAAUAGAACACUGUUUUGGAUUGAGUAUCCCUUGUAAAGAAGCUAGGUUUUUGAGGAACUAUAUUUCUAAAUAACAAAAUAUUGGAGUAUGCUGCAUACAUAUGAGUCAUUGAGAAGUGGACUGCAAAGGAGCUCUUAAAUUGGCCUGCCCUCAAAAGGAGUGCACACCACAAAGCGCCCUCAAGCAGGUGAGAGGGACCUGUUGGCUCAAGGAGGGGACCCUAACAACCAGAGCUCCAGACCUAGUCACACUUCUUUAACAGGAAGCAGCUACCGAGGAUCCCCAGUGCUAGUUUGAGUGGCUGUCAGAGAAGUAAAUACUUUAAGACUCUAGAUGGCGGUAUGGCCUCAACUCGCAAAGUGGUGCAAUUCCUGGAGCAGGGAAGACAGUUUAAAACACCCAAGAGCUGUUGAUGGCUAACAAUAGGGGAUUUUGUGCCAAAAAGCAUUGGAUGGUUGGUGACUGGAUCAGAUGAAUAUAGUUCUAUCUCAUUGCAAACACUUGCCCCUCUAUUCAUGAUUUCUAAAUGAAUUGUGAAUUAUAAUGAUAAAUAAUAACUGUAGUCAGUAUUAUCAGUUUAUAGCCAUAAUAAUGUAGAAUUCAUUUUUGAGUGAUUUGCUAAUUGCUCUGUUUUGUUUUGGCCAGAUAAUGUAUGUUCUCCCACAAGCACAGAAGAGUCUGCUAAAGGAGCCGAAUCCAAAGUACAGCCAUCAUGGCUUUCCAGAUUGCAGAAGCAGAGAUCCUUGAUGGAAGAGCAAGGCCCGAGAGAAAACAAACUUGUAAAUAAGGUUGCCGAAAGUUUAACCACUGACAAGGAAAGAACGGAGGUGAGAUUGUUCAAAUAUCAAAUAGUGUUUUUUAUAUCUUAAUUAUUACAUUUUUAAGUAUAUGGAAUGUCUUUUUUAAAGGUGCAAUUUCCUCUGUAAGUUUUAGUAACAACUCAGCAGGCACCACAAAUAAAGUCCUGCGGAGGCAGAUAUCAGGAACAGAAAUCAGCACCUUGUGUAUACAAGGCGUUGUAUAUAAAUAGAGAGGUUUUUUUUUCCUUUAACAUCCCUUAAAUGUUUAUUUAAUAUAGCAGGUUGACACUAAAGUACACUUUAAAAUUGUUUGUAAUUUAAUAUUUUUAUAUUUUAUUAAACAAGCACUAUAGGCUCAGGAACACAAAGUGUAUUCCUCACUCUAUAUUGUUAAAAUCACUGUCCUCAUAUCCCCCCUUUAAAUAUAGUAAAAAGUAAUCUGAUCUGCUUCCUUCUUUUUUUUUUUUUUUAGAUUAACGAUCUCAGCCAAUCACAAUGCCUUCCCACAUGAAAGCAUUGGAUUGGCUGAGAUUGUCAAUUCCGAUGAUCUCAGUCAAGGAGGCAGGAUGGGGGGCUGAUGGGCCUUAGCUAAUCGUCAUCUCCUCAUUGAGGUGCAUUGACUCAAGGGAUCCCUAUGGGGAAAGUGCAGCAUUUCCAUUUAGAGUCUGGAGACGCUGAAUGUCACUACAGGUGUUUCUAGGCAGUAAUAUAAACACUGCCUUUUUUCUAAAAAGCAGGGAUAUGCUAUAGACACCAAAACAGCUACAUUAAGUAGUAGCUGUAGUUGUUCUGGUGACUAUAGUGUACCUUUAAAGACAGUGAAGAAAAUGAACUGUUUUCAGAUUAUGUUAAAACAUGAAUCAUGCAAUUUGUUUUAAUGAUUCUUCUUUAAUUACAUCUAAUGUGAUUUUUUUCAGUAAUCAUAAGCGAUCAUACAAAAUCUUCUAGAUUUUCAAUACAUUUUAAGUGGCUUGACUAUGUUAGAACUGGCUGCUUAGUAGGGACAGACAGCAAAAGUUAUAGAAAGAGAUUUAUCAUAUUUGUUCGGUCGGCAUUAAUUAAUUUAUUUCCCAAACAUGUAAUAGAAGGGUUAAAUUACAUGUAAUAUUUACCAUAUUUAUUAUUUGUAUUGCUUUGUAUACUUUUUAUUGCUUUGUAUACUGUUCAUUGCAUUUGUUAUUCAAUCCUUUGUCUUAUCUAACCCAUUACAUUUUUGCUCCUUAAAACCAGUUUAUAAUUAUUAAUGCCUUUAAAACCACCAUUCCAUGGCAGGAAUCAUACAUGACAAAGGGUUAUUACUAUGGCAAAAAGCAUCAGCUGACCCAUGCUAAUAUUUGCCCCAGUGAGAUUUUUUGUGUAGCACUGAUCUUCUGAUAUGCACUGAUCACAAUGAAACUAUUUUAAAUAUGUAACAAUUAUUUUGUGUUAAAAUUUUGUAAAUUUGUGUAAUUAUUUUGAGUUAAAAUGAAAAGCAUGUAUUAUCAAUGUUAUAUUCUAUUUGAAAAUAAUGUAACCUUCAAAGAAUGAGGGAGUUGCCCAAACUCUGUACAAAACAAAAUCUAGAAUUUGUUCAAAUGUAAGGGUUUCUCUUUAAGUGCACCCAUACAUAUUAUAUAUUGUUUUUUUAAAGGACAAAAAUAGCUCUCUUUUAUCCUGCGGGGCUAGAGUUCACUCUCGCUGUAUCUGAGCGUUGCAGCAGCUCAGAUUUCGCAAGAGGAAUCCAGCGGAGCUGCUGGCUAGAGCUCCCGGGUCCUCUCCUGCCUCCCUUCAUGCUGCUGUGGGCCGGUGAGGUAGAUCUCCCCACCGGCCCAUGGAGGCUUAGAGCAAAGGCUCUCCAUGAGCCGACGGGUGAGAUCCUGAGAUCUCCCCUGCCGAUCUCAAUCCAUAGGCGUGCCGCAGGGAUUAGGGUGUGCCCAGGCACACCCCGUGCACAUGCCUAUGGUUUAUUACCUUUAUGGAGGUUAAGGGGAGGGGGGGGGGGGGGGCAAGCCCCCUAAAUGGUGGUUUUAGCACUAUAAGGUCAAGAAUAGUCCUUUAAUCCUACACUAUCCCUAAUCAUAAAACAGCUUUAACACUAACUCAACAUUAACCCUUACCCUACACUAAACUAACCUGAACCUUAUCGCUAACCCUGCUCUACCAAUAAUUCUAACAUUUACCGCUACCCUACACUAACUAUAACCCUAAAGUCAGCAGAGAAGUUCCCAGCUCACACAGUACAGAAUGCUCAGUGAGCACCCUUUAUUGUAUGAAUGCAGCAUGAAAUGGAGAUCCCUGCCAAUCAAACUGUGUGAUUAAAGCUAGCUUACUACAGAACUGAUCACAGUCAGCAGGGGGCAUGCAGAGAGACUCAGUCGUGCACUUUUCAGUGUAGACCACUGUAGAGAAAGCUUAUAAUCACAGCUGUAUUUAAAGAGCUGUAUGCUGCUCCUAAUUUGAGAGUUGCAUACAGCUCAUCUGUUACUCUGAGGCCCCUAAAUAAAUAUGACCAUAGUUGACAUAGGGAUGCCCCAGUUAUUGAUUGAUACCUGGGUCUCUCUAGUGUAAAGCUUAAGUGUUCAAUGUGUCUGGAGUCUGUCACUUUUUACUCUUCAUAAAUGUGCUGAUUUCAAUAGAAAUUGGUACUUUUACAAUUGAGGGCAGAAACACUUCAUUGGCUUUCACAACAGACAGCCAGGGCGUUUUGUUUCCACUUACAUUAGUUUCACAGAGCUCGCAGAAGUGACAUCUCAUUGAGAAGCACUGUAAAGUCAAUAUUGCAUGCACCCAUAUGAUCACAGCUCCAGCUCUGAGACUUUUUUUUUUUAUUAUUCUUUAUUUUAAUGGUUUUAUAAUUUUUGACAUACACAGAAGGAUAGAGCCAGACAUCACAGAACAGUGUCAUUGAGUGUUUGGUAGAGUGUGUUCACAUAACAGGUUAGAGAUUAGGUAUUGGAUACAGAGUUACUCAUUUCCAUCAUAACAGUCUCAUACAUUUGCAUCCUAUAAAUCCGUUUGAGCGAUGCAUGUUAGGUGGGUGUGGUGAGUGCAGUGGGUGGGGGGGAUGGCCGUGUCAGAUUUGAAUGUGGGGGGUGGUGGAGGUGUCGUGUUGAUGUGUAUGGUGCUGUUGCUAUCCGUUAAAAACAGAUGCACAGUUUGAAUGGGAGAGGGAUCAGUUAGUACAGUGACAAGGUGGUAGCUUGUAACAAACUUAACGUUGAUGAAGCAUUGCAAAAUUUUAAACAAACAAAUUGUAAAAUAUAUUCCAUAUAUUCCCUUGAAAACGGUUAUUUCUCUAUCCCUCCUCUUUGCCCCCCUCCGCAGCAGUCAGGGGUUAACAUGUGGUAUGUUUGUAAGUAUGUGUGAGAGGUUGGAUCAUUUUGUCCUGGGUGUGUAUGGUUGGUGGUCUCCUGAGGUAUGGGUCGGCCCAUGAUUCACUGAUUGAAGUCACCGGCAGAGAUGACCAGGGUGGGGGCGGAGGAAGGGGAGAGUAAAAAAAACAAAACAACAUUUGUUAAAAAUGUGCUCCUUGGUGGUUUGAUGCUGAAUUAGGUUUCAGCAGGUAGGAGUUUGCCGUGCUCUGGAAUGGAUCAGGGGUGGAAAGAAAAAGAAAGAAGAAAAUAGAUAAAUAACAUUUUAAAAAAUUCAAUAAUUUGUAAAGAAUUUGCUCCUUGGUGGUUUGGUGCUGAAUUAGGUUUCAAAAGGUAGGAGAUUGCUGUGCUCUAGAUUUGGUCAGGGAUGGAGAGAAAAAAAAAAGGGAGCCAUUUGUUCCGUUUUCCAGUUCAGGAGGUGGCAUUGCCACGUCUCCUUCCCUGCCUUGCUGUGUGAACCAAGUAGAUCUGGGCUGUUCGUGUCUAUUUUGUGCCAUUGGUAAUGAGAAGUAAGAGGCUGGGCAAGACUUGUAUGUGGCCUGAAGGAUUCGCAGAUUGUAGAGUGCGCAGUUAGUCGGAGGCGGUUCCCAGGUGUCGUGUCAGUCCCUGUUUGGUGUUGCGAGGGUUCGUGGUAGUAAUGUGGGCUGUCAACCGACCCUGUUCGGGGUUGUUUGUCUAGUAGAUGGGUGGUCGGUUAGAGUCUAGAGGUCUUCGUGGGAGUUAGCAUGUGAGGUGUUGGUAUAAUUGGUGACAGUGGUGUGGGGUAGCAGUCGGGGAGUUUGGCAAGUUGUCAUGUGUGGUCAAGUCCAGUACACAUACAUUUUGGUAAUGUCAUUGUGCUCGUAGUGAGUAAGGAGUUGAUGUGCAGGAUGGCCCUGCGUUACCCUUUCGAUCAGGUUAGGCGGUGUAUAAUCGGUGCGAUGGUCGGAAGCAGUUCUGAAGUGCUUUGUGUUAGUCUUUUGCGUUCAGGUGCUUUUUAUUUAGCCUUCUCUCAAGGUCGAGGGUUGCGCCGCUGAGCGAUUGGGUAGUUGGUCUGUGGUUGGCUCUCCUGGGGUGGACGGUUCCUCAGUGGCAAGAGUGGAGUCGGUCUUGGGGGUCGUAGCUGUGGGGCGAUGGUCACCAGUGCAUUUUCACUAUGACAUCCCUUGGAGUGGUAGGGUUGGUGCUGGGUGCUCUCAGUGCGCGGUGAGUGUGGUCCAUUAGGAGUCCUGUUGCAGUUCCGUCUGGCAACAGGCCCUGAAACACUGAUGACAGCAUGUUUGGGAGCAGUUCGGUGGACACGGAUUCUGGCACGCCCUGGACCCGGAUGUUAUUCCGGCAGAUUCUGUUGCUUAAAUCCUCAUUGGAUUCUUCUAGGAGUCGGAGCUGUUCCUUUCGGUCCUGCAGGUCUGUGUCAUGUGCAUUUACCACUUCUACUAUUUCAUCCAUUUUGUUUUCGGCCAUGUGGGUGUGGGCCGCGAGGUCCAUCAUGCCCUCUGUUAGGGGGUUUAGCUGUUUUUCUAGCUCGUCUGCCACAUAGGUUUUGUCAGAGGCAGCGGUCAUGUCAGACUUCGAUUCUGAUUGGAAAUUUUCAGAAGAUGGUGUUGUGUGUUUAUCAGGCCUUGUGCGGAAGAAGGGCACAACGGAGGAUUCCAAACUUUACGUCCGCCACCCAUGUAUUGAGGCAGUAUCCAUGGGUGAGGGUGUGGGUAAGUUGAUGGUAAGUUGAUGUUUUGGGGGCUCAGGUGCUAUUGAUGGCGGUGGAUAAGGCAGAGUCUCUGCAGAGCUCUAGGAUUAUGCUGCCAUUCACACGCGGGGUUAGGCUCCACCUCCCAACUCUGAGACUUCUCAAUGAGAAGGGUCUGGCUGGUAAUUUUUCUGGCAAAGUCUUUAUUAUGAAAGGAGAGACGGGCUUGAAAAGACUGCAGACAGUAGAUCAGCAGAUUUUGCUAGCUUUCUUUUUUUCCUAUACCCCAAAGAAGUCAUACAGAAACAAUACAUGCACAUUUUCUUUGUAGGUAUAUCAACUAAAAGUAAAAAAAAAACAAAAAACCAUGCAGUGUUCCUUUAAUACAGUAUUGUUUAGCCUACAUAUGGAGCACUAAAAAAAAACCUAAUUUAAUGUAUAGUUCAUUACAAAAUGCAAAUAUUUUUGUAACAGGAAUUUUGUCUUCCAGGCUCUUUUAAAGCCUCAAGGUGACUUGGUCCAGAACAAGACAUCAGUUGCAGCUCCAGGGCUUCCUGAGUUACAUGGACAAGAAAUCAAAGCUGAAGUGAAAGAACAGCGGCAAAGAUCGAACACACUGUCACAUCCUAUCAAUGGUAAGGAAAAAAAUAAUUUAUUCCUUUUAACUUCUUCUUUGCACUCCUCCUCUAGACAACACAAGGGGAGGUAAGGAAAAACAGUUCAUAGGUUGGUGGAGUAACACCAUAUGUGUGCAGAGAGAGUGUCACCCACCCUUCUUGGAAAUAAAAAAUAAUACCUGAGCAGUUCUGUCAGUCACUGGAAAAAUCUGUGAUGAGAAAUCAGUCACAGUUAACCUGUUCAUAGUUGUGAUGAUGAUUGUACACAAUGAGAAACAGAGUCUGUUGUCACCAAUAGUGCUUGACAAACACAAAAACGGGUUACUUGCCAAUCCUGGUGGUAAAUAGCUGCCAUAAACAUUUGCUGAACAUUUAGCUGCUACUAAUAACUGACAGCUUUACAACCUUGUUGCUAUUUUUUACCAGUAGGGCACAAUUAAAGCCUGCUCACAAAGAUACCAACCAUUUGCAGAUUAGUCACCUAUGGGUAAAGCACAGAAACACAUGCUGUGUAAGUUGUCACCCUAGCAACCACACAUCUGUGGUUGGCCUUAGCGAAGAUAGAGAACGUGUAUACAAUCUAUUAACUGGUGAUAUUGUACUUGCAGGCUAUAUACUCUGAUCAGCUACAACAAUAAAUCCACCUGCCUAAUACCCUGUAGGUCCAUUAUGCUGCCAAACAACUGCGCUGCGUAUAAAUGUGUCCUGUGGUUUCUGGCACCAAGACAUUAGCAGCAGAUCCUUUAAGUCCUGCAAGUUGCGGUGUGCGGCCUCCAUGGAUUGGUUUUGUUGUUCCAGCGCAUAACACAGAUGUUCAAUCGGAUUGAAAUCUGGGGAUUUUUGAAAUCAAGGCAACACCUUGAACUCUUUGUCAUGUUCCUCAAACCAUUCCUGAACAUUUUUUGCAGUGUGGCAUGGUGCAUUAUCCUGCUAAAAGGGGCCUCUAUCAUCAGGGAAUACUAUUGGCAUGAAGUGGGGUACAUAGUCUGCAAUAAUCUUUAGGUAGGUGGUACGUUUCCAAGUAACAUCUGGAUGAAUGCCAGGACCCAAGGUGUCCCAGCAGAACACUGAACAAAGCAUAACACUAUCUCCGCUGUCCUGCCUUCUUUCUAUAGUGCAUCCUGCUAACAUCUCCUUCCCAGGUAAAUAGCGCACUCGGUCCCGGCCAUGCAUCAGAUCUAAAAGAAAAUGUGAUUCAUCAGACCAGGCAACCUUCCCUCAUUGCUUCAUGGUCCAAUUCUGAUUCGGGAAGAACACUAUGGGACAGGGGAAGGGGGAGAAGUACACUAUGAGGGAGGGGGAAAAGAACACAAUGGGAUGGGGGGGAAAGAACACUAAAAAGCGGGAGGGUAGAGAAACACUGGGGAGUGGGGGAGAUAGAAACAACAAAAGUACAGGGGAGGGAAGGGAAAAGGAAGGGGGCGACCACUAAAAGAGAAGGGAUAGGAACAUUAAGGGGAAUAGGGGGGCACUAAGAGACAGGUAAGGGGGAGGAGGAACACUAAUGGACAUGGAUUGGAGGAGAGAGGAACACAGGUGGGAACAUGAGUGGGGAGAAAGACACACAGAUGGACUUGGGGUGAGAAAGUUCACAGAGGGGCUGGGGAUGAAAGCGCCACACAGAAGGACCUGGGUGUGGAAAUACAAAGGGGCUGGGGGUGAAAGAGACACAGAGGGGCUGGAGAAGAGGAAAAAGAGUUACAGAGGGGCUGGUGGUGAAAGAGAAACACACAAAGAAGCUGGUAAGAGUAAAAUACACAAAGGGGCUGGGAGAGAAGGAAACACAAAAGGGGAUGGUGGGAGUAAGACACACAAAGGGGGGUUGUAAGAGACACACAAGGAAGGUGUAAGACACACAAUGGGGAAAAAUAGGGGUUAAGAUACACUAAAGGGGGUAAGACAUUUAGAAAAAAAAUGCCGCCCCGUCAGAGUGCUGCCUGGAGCCAUGGCUCCACCGCGGGCUAUAGAAGGGCCGGCCCUUAUUGAAAUAGCUCAACACAAUGAGUGCUUUACUUAACAAAAUAAAUACCUGGUGCUCUGCUCACAUACAGUAUAAAUAUUAAAAGAAAUACCGGCACUCCAGGAUUUGGUAAAAAAAAGAUAAAUUCUUCUUUAUUCUUACAGUUCCAAACGAUCAACGUUUCAGCUCUUGUACAGAGCUUUCAUCAGGACAUCCUGUCCAUUUGGAACUGUAACAAUAAAGAAGAAUUUAUCUUUUUUUACCAAAUCCUGGAGUGCCGGUAUUUCUUUCAAUAUUUAUACUUUAUGUGACCAGAGCACCAGGUAUUUAUUUUGUUAGGAGCUUUGGAUUUAUUUACAUAUAUAUAUAUAUAUAUAUAUAUUCUGAACAAAAUUAUAAAUGCAACACUUUUGUUUUUGCCCCCAUUUUUCAUGAGCUGAAUUCAAAGAUCUAAGACUUUUUCUAUGUACACAAAAGGCCUAUUUAUCUCAAAUAUUGUUCACAAAUCUGUCUAAAUCUGUGUUAGUGAGCACUUCUUUGCCGAGAUAAUCCAUCCACCUCACAGGUGUGGCUAUCAAGAUGCAGCAUGAUUAUUGCAAAGGUGUGCUUUAGGCUGGCCAUAAUAAAAGGCCACUCUAAAAUGUGCAGUUUUAGCACACAGCACAAUGCCACAGAUGUCGCAAGUUUAGAGGAAGCGUACAAUUUGAAUGCUGACUGCAGGAAUGCCACCAGAGCUGUUGCCGAUGAAUUGAAUGUUCAUUUCUCUACCAUAAGCUGUCUCCACAGACGUUUCAGAGAAUUUGGCAGUACAUCCAACUGGCCUUACAACCGCAGACACAUGUUACCACACCAGCCCAGGACCUCCACAUCCAGCAUCUUACCUCCAAUAUCAUCGAGACCAGCCACCCGGACAGCUGCUGCAACAAUUGGUUUGCAUAACCAAAUAAUUUCUGCACAAACUGUCAUAAAUUGUCUCAAGGAAGCUCAUCUGCAUGCUCCUCAUCCUGAUCGGGGUCUCGACCUGACUGCAGUUCGUCAUCGUAACCGACUUGAGUGGGCAAAUGCUUACAUUUGAUGGUCUCUGGCGCUUUGGAGAGGUGUUCUCUUCACGGAUGAAUCCCGGGUUUUCACUGUACAGGGCAGAUGGCAGACAGCAUGUAUGGCGUCGUGUGGGUGAGCGGUUUGCUGAUGUGAACUUUGUGGAUUGAGUAGUACAUGAUGAUGGUUGGGUUAAAGGUAUGGGCAAGCGUAUGUUAUGGACAACGAACAGAAGUGCAUUUUAUUGAUGGCAUUUUGAAUGCACAGAGAUACCGUGACGAGAUCCUGAGGCCCAUUGUUGUGCCAUUCAUCCACGACCAUCACUUUAUGUUGCAGCAUGAUAAUGCACGGCCCCAUGUUGCAAGGAUCUGUACACAAUUCCUGGAAGCUGAAAACAUCCCAGUUCUUGCAUGGCCAGCAUACUCACUGGACAUGUCACCCAUUGAACAUGUUUGGGAUGCUCUGGAUCGGCGGAUACGAGAAUGUGUUCCAGGUCCUGCCAAUAUCCAGCAACUUCGCACAGCCAUUGAAGAGGAGUGGACCAACAUUCCCCAGGCCACAAUCAACAAACUGAUCAACUCUAUGCAAAGGAGAUGUGUUGCACUGCGUGAGGCAAAUGGUGGUCACACCAGAUACUGACUGGUUUUCGAAACCCCCUGGAUCCACCCAAUAAAACUGCACAUUUUAGAGUGGCCUUUUAUUGUGACCAGCCUAAGGCACACCUGUGCAAUAAUCAUGCUGUCUAAUCAGCAUCUUGAUAUGCCACACCUGUGAGGUGGAUGGAUUAUCUCGGCAAAGAGGUGCUCACUAACACGGAUUUAGACAGAUUUGUGAACAAUAUUUGAGCGAAAUUGGCCUUUUGUAUACAUAGAAAAAAUCUUAGAUCAGCUCAUGAAAAAUAAAAAACAAAAGUGUUGCAUUUAUAAUUUUGUUCACUAUAAAUAUAUAUAUAUAUAUUUAUGUAUAUAUCCAUUAAGAGAGGUGCACUCACAGGUCUUUGCAAAGAAAAGUAUCGUUUAUUCACUCAAUAUAAUCCAAUUGUCCCAACGUUUCGACCCUUCAGGGUCUUUUUCAAUGUCACAAAAACAGUGCAAAGUGAGCCGUUAUAUACAAAAUAAAUAAUAACACUUACCAAAUCAGGUGUGUGUAGUGCCAUCCCUCGAACCCGGUGUGUUAGGCGGGACACGUGAUCACCGAAAAGUGCGUGAAUUGCGUAAUGACGUGUAGCUAGGCUACAGGUAUAAAUAUACAGUAUAUUAAAAACCGUGCCAUUUAUAAAGUACAAAUGUGGAGGCUUAUUAGUCACUGGGUACCCCAUUAAUAGUAUCGCUGGCUAUAUCAUUAUCAGAAAGGUGUCAUGUAAAGUGCAUGAGUGAAGUGAAAUGAACUGGCCGGUUGACUAAGGAAGAAUGCAGAGGACAACUGUGUGUAUAUAUAUAUAUAUAUAUAUAUAUAUGUAUAUAGGGAUGCACACAUUACAAUUAAUGGCAUGUGAGUACAGCAAACAAAAUGUUCCAACAUUUGUAAACAAAAUUUGUAACAAUAUCAAAUUAAACAAAAAAACUGGUGUACAUCUCAUCAAUAAGAAGUGUUAGAAUAAUCUGCAUGAGAUAUUUCAAGUUUUGCAUAUAGUAACAGUACAUUUGCACAAGUGAUUUAAUUUGUCUAAUUUUAAUAAAGUAGUUAAAAAUAGUUUUCAAAAAUGUGCAUAACAGGAGUUCAGUACACAGGAGAACUGAAAAAAACUGCAGAAGGUUAAUAAGCAAAUUAAAAAAACUAAAUUAGUGUACUGCAUUGCUGCAGGUUAUAGCUGAUCAUCUAUAACAAUUAAUGAUCAUUUAUCAUAUAUAAAGAAAAUGUUUUAACUCUUACAGUUACAAUGUAUAGACUUCACAAACUGUCCCAGAAGCAAGGUCGGAAAACUUAGUUUGGGCUAUCAGUGCUGCAAACGUUUAAUAGGUUAAUAUUUUUUAGGUUUGCUUUGACUGUAAGGCUACUUUAUAGAGUCCCACAUUUAUAUUGCUUGUCCAUUUAAUCAAGGCCAAUGGAAAUGCUGUGGAUUGUAACUCCCAUCACUCUUGGUGCUCUGAUUGGAGUUACAGUCAAUGAGAUCUUGAUAUUAGGUACAAUCUAACCAGAUCAUCCUACCUUCUUAUGUCCAUCCCCUUGCCUGUAACCCUAAAUCCUCACAAGCCCUAAGUUCCCCCUAGUCCUAACAUUUCUAGUUCAUCACAAGCUGUGAGCAGUACUAUUAGUACCAUUUAUAGCAACACUGGUUUUUUUUUGUUACUGUGGUUUACCUGAAUUCAAGAAAGCAUGGACUGUUACCUGCUACAGUUAAAGGCCCUUCAAUGGUUUGGAGUUACAGUGCACAGCAUCACCAGGCAAGGUAUUAAAUUAAUAAACAAGGCAAACAUGAGACUCUGUAAGGAAGCCAUCCAAGCAAUGCAAACUUUUCAUCGCUACAAUUGCUGCUUUGUGAUGAUGUGAUGCUGUGCUCUAAUGAACAAAUCUCAAUUACAGCUUCACUCAAAUGACGCUUGACAUUUUAAAAUCAACAUUUUGUCAACAACAUUAUUUUAAAAGCAUAUAGAUUUGUUCACAAAACUCUGAAUUUUAGCAAAUUAAAUCUGAAUGGGAUAAUUUAGGCUAAAUGGCUGUAGCUGCUGCUUGGUUGUUUUAGCCUACAUUUUGCUAUUCAGAUUUCAAUCUCUUAAAUUCUGAAUUUUGUAAAUAAACCUGCUAUGUUGUGGCCUGCAGCCUCGGGAACUAAAAAAAUGAAUAUUAUCUAGUUUUAAAGUUCAGUACUAUCCACUAUCCAUCUGCACACACAUGUGUACGGCACACAAGGCUUCUCAUGGAGUAGUGUUUAAUUGGGCAUUCUGCAGUACAAAUGAGAGACUGUGCUGGGGAAGAAUGAAGGGCUUGUAGUAGCUGCAGAUACUAGAUCUGCUGCUAUUGCCUGGAGUCUGUAAGUGCAGUAUGUCUCUAUUUAGCACCACACUUAAUCACUUUUUGUCGGAGGUAUAAUUCCACCUCCAGCAGUGUAACUGGAGCGUCAAUAGCCAGUGAAGAUAAGAAUUCCCAGCUUGCUUAUGUCAAUUCUGUGCUUAUUUCUAUGAACAGAGUUGCAUCCAAUAAAUGGCCAGUGGGAUUGGCAUCUAGAUUCUGUAGGUCUGCAGAAUCUGGAUGCACAUACCCAGCCACUCAGGACCCCAUGUUCACUCAGGUAAUAGAACAAACCGUUGUCUCAUUACUGGGAAACGGGGCCAAGUUACUCCUGGCACCCUAGCAAUUACAGCAGAGUAAUCCUUUAAUGCUGUUGAAGUAUUUCAGUUAGACACAACAUGAGAGCUCAACAGUGUUCUAUUAUUUCUAGACCAAUUGCUGUCUUUUAAGCGGCACUGACACCAUGUGGGGACUUUUUUAAAUUCACAAAGGCACCCGACGGUAACAUUGCCUCUGGGGGUUCGGUAGCCGGAAGUCCAGGUAAAGAUUUACUAACCUAAACUUGUCCCUCAAGGUGGCUGCCAUCUUUCUUGGUCUGUUUCUCUUUGCCAGGAUCUGUCACUCCUGUACAACUUUGAGGUCAAUGGAGGAUACCGCGGUCCCCAUAAACAGAGCCAAUUCCCUGAUAGGUGUCGGGAUUGACAAUUAGGCUCUGCCCAGAGUCUAAGAAAGUCAGGUGGAGGAAAUAUACAGAGACAAAGUAUUGCCUACUUUGUCUCUUUAUAUCUUUUGACUGGGUUGGAAUGUCAGAGAAAUUCCAACACAGUCUAGAUGAGUAUUUCAUAAAGAUUCCAUGAAAUACUCAUUUUUCAGAGUGGUGACAGUGCUGCUUUUCAAACACAUUGAAAAGAUCCUUUAAAGAAUAGCAUACAGUAGAAGUGAUACUUCUUAAUUAAGAACACAUGUAAAAGCAUUUCUUAAACAGUUUUUCUCAAUAAGGAUGCUACAUGUUGAAACAUUUCAUAAAACAUUUACCAUUCACCUGUGAUGUAAAACAUGUUGUGGAUGGUGUAACACACAUUUCCCACCAUAACUGAAUAUUUGUCUUUUUCAGCGGAGAAGGAACAAAAACCUCCAGUCAGGCGAAAUACCCAGUCCGUGUCUGAAGAACCGUCAUGGAUGGAGUUAGCUAAGAAGAAGUCUCAGGCCUGGAGUGACAUGCCUCAGAUCAUAAAAUAA